AUGAAAGGAUCAUUAACUGCAGUAAACAAGAAAGUAUCGGAGAACUUAGAUUAUGAUGGAAGUACAUAAGGCAAAUUAAUGAAAAUAUUAAAAAUGUUUAUUUAAUGUUUUACAUGUAUGUGGUGAAAAAAAUAUUUCCUUCCAUUAUAUGAAAACUUCCACUUAUUCUUGUUACUUUACCAGUGACGAUGGCCAUCCCCCUGAAAGGAUUUUUUCGACUCUUCGUCGUCUCAAAAUCUACUUCGCUUAAAUAGAUUAAAAAUGGUCAAUAUUUAUCGGGGUAUUGAAAUCUCAACACACACUGUACUUGAUGAAUUAUCAAAAUCAUUAAGACGAAUUAAUAUGUUGUAAAGUAGUGUUAGACCAUUAAAUAUACAUUUUUUAAUAUUUAAUUUUGCUAUGACCUUAAAUAUAAGAAGAAUACAAUUGUAUUAACAUUUUACCUAAAUAUACAUGAUAAACACCCCCCCUCUCCCCUCAUAAAUUAAUUCUGCGUACGCAACUGAUUUACACAAUUACAUACAUUGGAAUUUUACGUUAUAAAUGUAUAACAAUAGUAUUAUUAUAAUAUACAACUAAUUUCUCAUUUUCUGUAAUAACAAACAAGUAAAUUUUAUAUUUAAUAUCGAUAAUAUUAUAACAAUAUGAGGUUCGUUACAUUAGCAUCCCUAACUUGGAAUUUCGUUAAAAAAUUUGCACCAACAAUUUGUAAACAUUUGUAAUCGCAAAUUACGAAUUUGUAAACACUCAGAACCCGUGAAAAUUGAUGUUUACUACGGUGGUGCUAAUGUAACGUUACACCAGUAAUAAUUAUUUUAUUAUUAUCAAUUUUGUUCUUUGUUGUAAUUAAGUUAAAAAUAUUCGUAAAAACUUGAAAUUUUAACGGAAAACUUUUAUUUACCUUAUAUAAACGUGGUAAUUAUGUUUAAUUCAUUUGAACACUUUUUAAGCAAUUUAUAGAUAGUUUAAUUUUGCGAAUUUGUACGUAAUUUGUAUUUAGUAGUUACUCAAUUGAUAGUAGAUACAAUUGUUAGAAUAAAAAGAAAUGUUUGAACAUUCUAUACAAGGUUUAUUAUAAGUUGAACGUAGUGGUUAAAAAAAAAAAUAAUUAAUUGAUAUGUAAUAUUUUUUUCUUUUGUAUAACAGUUAUAUAAUCAAAUUUUUACAAAAAUCGUAAUAUUUACGGCUUUUAAAAACACGUAUAACCGAACUUUGUUUCGAAUCUUUUUUAAUUAGCCAUAGUUUAUCGUUGCUCAUAGAUAUAAAAUACCCCCAUCUAACCGCCUUCCGAACUUCCGAUUCACUAUUGGUACACUCGUCCCCAGUAUCAGUUCUUUUAUUUUUAGGCUCGUUUAUAUUGUUUAUAAUUGUUUGAUUAAUUUAAUUCAUGUUAUAACUUUUCAGCUUAGAAUCAUACCAACAAAUAGUCAUAAUAUAGUACAUUCAGAAAUGUAGACGUUUUAUUAAAUUAAUCUACUACUAGGUACAUACUAUUAAAUAGUAAAAAUUAUCAACUCCAUCCGUUGUAUUUGCUACGUUUGUGUUUUUUUACUUUAAGCCGAGGGCUCUCCAGUGUAAUGGUUAGUUACAGAACCAUUCUGGUAUUACGUUACAUUAGCACCACUACAGUAAAUAUCGAUUUUCAAGGUUUUCAUUAGUGUACAAAUUCGGAAUUUGUGAUUACAAUAUGUAAAAAUAGAAUAACAGUUGUUGGUGCAAAUUGUUUAAUAACAUUCCAAGUUACGGGUACUAAUGUAAGUGACCUAACAAUGUGUACAAAUGUAUGCAUCAUUCAUUAAUUUUAAAAUUCGUGUUAUUGAAAUUAUUAUGUGUGUUUCCCAGUCUUUAAAAAUACAAUCAAUUAGGUGACAAAUUAUUUUCACUGGACGAUAUUUGUAUAUAUCGACUAGUUUAUUAGUUUAAAAAAUGUACUAUAUCUGAUGGUUUUCGAAUUAUCUAUAAAUACCUAUUUGAAAAUGUCUAUUUUUUUUAGUUUUUAUUUAGUGUUAUGAGGAUAAAUAUGUUUAGUUUUUCAAAAAUGCUAAAAAAAAUUUGGUUUAGCUAUUAAGGUGAAAAUAUAUGGUUGCACAUUUUUUUUUGUACCGGUUGCCUAAAGUUGCAAAUUAGAUGCAAAAUAUUGGUACGAUUUUGAUGUAAUUAUCAUCAUAUAGUUAGGCCAAUUUCACGCUCUAGAGUAGCCUAUUCAUAAACAGUACCCCGUUUUUAUUCGAGAGCGUAAGUGACGAUGUAUAAAGCAUUCGCAAUGUACUCGCUGUUGUGUAUUUUAAAUUUUUUAUUUACCUACCUAAAAGAACAUAUGUUAUUUAUUAUAUUACAUAAAAAGUGGUUUAGUUAUACAGAUGUAUUUGGUAUUUAUAUUGACAUAUUUACGAGUAAAGCUGAAUUUUCAAAAGAUCGCAGUAUGAUCUUGAAUUUAAAGUAUAGAAGUAUUAUUUUAUUUUCAUUUAUUAUUAUAAAAUCAUUAUAUCCAUUAUUAAAAUUUAAUAUUUUAUACUGGUGCAAAAUGAAUUAUAAUAUUAUUAUUUUGAACAUUAUUAUGUUAGUAUCAUUUUCAACAGCAGCAGAAAGAUAUAGUGAGUGAAAUUCCUUGCCCUUUAUACACUUUAAAAUACAUGUACUUUUUAUUUUUUCAAUUAAUUCGAUUUUCAAAAGUAUAAUAUAGUAAUUUGUCCAAAUAUGUUUUACUUGCAGAGCUUAAACAUGUUGACGAAUUCUAUUUAAGUUAUUUAAAUUAUGAAGCCCCAAUUGGUAAUAAGAGUGAAUACAAAAUAUAAUGAAAUAAUAUUUUUAAAUCAACAUUAUUUUAAACUCAAUUAAUUUUAUAGUAUACAAGGUGUCCUAAGAAGAUAUACCCAUUUUAAUAUUUCUGGAGAUAAUAAAGAUAAUCAAAUUCCGUUUUUUAUAUUAUUACAAGGAUGAGAUCUACAAAUAUUUAUAUUUCAAUUAUGUAUUUAUAUUUUGUUAAAAAACAAAAAAAUACAUUUUUAUUCUAUUAUUGUUAAAAAAUAUGUAUAUUCAAAAAUAUUAACGUUUAAUUUUCAUUAAACUCACGAUUUUUAAUAAUUGUUUAAAGUUCAGAGAAAAAAAGCUAUCCUAGAAUAACGGAGUCAGGUGCAAUCACUGUUAUAGGUAAUUUAAUGUAUAGCUGUAAGCAACGAUAAACCAUUGCUAACAAAAAAAUGAUUCUGAGUGAAGUUCAGUUUAUAGUGAAGUUUUUUUAACAUCAUAUAUGUUACAUUAUGAUAAAAUAAUUAAAUAGGCAUUAUAUCUUCUUUAAUAAUAUUUGUUUUAUUAAUUAGCAUAAUAAUAAUAUGCAAUUAGCGAAUGGAGUUACAACCAACUGAAUAGUUAUAACUUAAAGUUUGAACUUUAAAAGAUUUGUAAAAAUCACGAGCUCAAUGAAAAUAAAAAAUUGAAACGUCAACACUUUCAGAAGAAUAAACUCUAUAUUAUGACUAUCUUAAAAUUUUCGAAAAUAAUAAAAUAAAGUUAUUUUUUUUAUUAAAACAUAAAACUGUAAUUCAAAUAUAAAUAUUUGUAGUCCUUAUUCCUAUAGGUAAUAUAAAAUAAAUAUAACUUGAUUAUCUUUAAUAUCUCAAAAAAUAUUCUGGUAUUAGGUAUGUAUAUAUGUAUAUCUUCGUGGGAACCCUGUAUAGCUGUUUAUCAAUAGUAUGAAAAUUACUAACUGGUAUGUAUGGUUGUUAAUAUUAUUAAGGUUAGACUAUCAAUUAUAGGUUAUAAAAUAUUGACUGAAGAUGAAUUAUACGACUGUCAAUUUGGUAAGUGUUUAGGAAUUAAUGUAUGAAAAAUAAAUUUAUUCGUGAAAUAUAUUUUAUAAUAAAUUAUUUUGAGGUAUAAAAUAAGAAAAUUUACUAUUAUAAACUAGAUUGUAAAUAAUUUAUUUUUAUAUUUAUUUAGUAAACUUGAAGUACGGAUCGGAAUAAAAAAUAAUACAAUUGUAUGUGAAUAGACUAGGAAAAAUUAUUUUUUUUAUAUUUAAUUUUCCAUUUAUUUGUAUUUUAGUUAUUACCUAGUUUUUUGGUUAAAAUAAAUAGUGACGAAUGAUGUUAUAAGUCAUUAAAAUUAUCCUAGACCUGGUAUCUACCUAAAAUAUAAGUUUAUUUAAUUCUGAGGGUAAAUCAUAUAAUAAUUACCACUAAUAAAAUUUGCCAUUACACUGCAGCAUAUAUUCUAGAACUUUUGCUUAUACAUUUUACUUAGCAUUGGUUUAUAAUAAGAAAUAUUGUGAAAUAUUCGGUACAUUGGUUACCUCUACUGAAAUGUUUUAUCAGUUAUAAAAUCAUAAUUUCUAUGAAAUCCUAUGUAACAUAUUAAAGGACAGACACAUUGUACCGAAUAUUUUACAAUAUUCUUUUUUUCUAUAAGUAAUGAUACUGUAAAAUAGAAAACAUUUGUGCAUCAACGAUAUUGGGAACAGCAUCUCUAUAUUACUCUAUGGGACAGCCCUAAAAGUGCAAACAAUAAUGUCAUUAAUUGAUACAGUACUUUAAACCAUUAUGUUGUAGUAAUACAAAAAAGGGUUAAAAGGGGAGGGGGAUAGUAAUAUGAUUAAAGAUAAUCGGAGUGUUUUACUUGUAUACCUAUAUUAAAUCUGGUAUUUGAAUUACUACCUUCCUCCUGCUGUUCAGAGGGUUACCGAAUCGUAAUCCCGAGAAUAAUGACGAUACCAAUAAAUAGAGAUUAUAAUUGUUUUACUUGCCCACAGUGUUGGAAUGCUAAAGGUUAUCAAUCGUACGUGUCAUCACGUGAUUCUAGAAUUAUAGGAUGGCAGUGGCGACUCAAUCAAAAUAAUCUAAAUUAAUCAUAACACUUAGAAACUACGUGCACUCAAAUAAUAAAUGCUAAUGUUUAAAUUAGAAUAGAAAUAAAGGUUGAAUAAUUAAAAUAAAUAAGUUAAAUAAAUUGAACACUAGGAAUUAUAGCUGCUAAAAGUCGGAGCUAUUCGAGAGAAGUAUACAAAAAAAAAGUUGGUAGUGUGUAUUUAUUGUAUACCGGGUUGGCGACAGAGAGAUCGACCAGAAGAUUUUUCGUAGGGGCGAGUUAUUUUAGACUUCAAGAAAAACCCGCAAUUUUUAGAUUUAAGAGAUUUACGCGUGAGAACCGAUGAAUGGUGAUUCGUUGAUCAUAAAACCCUUUUUUUUAUUUAGUAAUAAUUUUAUUUAUUCUACGGCGGCGAUAAUGUCGAAAAUGCGCUGACCGCCAUGUGAAUUUUAUUUUUCGAAUGUCAGUUGUAUUUUUUUAUACAAACAAUUUUUUUUUACUAAAUACCUAGUACUCGGCUGUAUCUAAAUUGUUUAGUCCUAUGUUUAUAAAUAUAAAUUAUUUUAUAUAUGUUGUGUGAGCAUAACAUUACAAUAUUACGAACAUUUUUUUAGAGUUCAAAUACUUGUAUUUUAAAUGAAAAAUUGUCAACACUUAUUACUAUUAUAAUUAAUUUUUAUUAUAGUCGUCUAUAGUAUGCAUUUUGUUUUUAGUUUAAGCGUUACUUACAAAAUCUUUGCCGUCCUUUAAUUUAUUCUAUUUCAAUUAUCUGAACCAUGUAGGAAUGUUUUAUUAAUAAUGUGACAUUCUGUUUAUAUUAUCCCGCAUAAACAAAACUUUUAAAGAAAAUUUCCCAAUUGUGAAAUAAGAAAAGUGAACAUAAUAGUGAUGCAAAAAUAUGAAUUGGUAUACAGGCUAUCCUUCGAAGAUAUACCACUCGAAUAAUAAUGAAAAUCAAAUUCUAUUUUAUUUUUUUUUUUAAUUACUGACGGGGAUGAGGACUACAAAUAUUUACAUCAAUAUUUUUUUUUUUUAAUAAAUAAUUAAAAAAUAAUUUUUUAUUUUAUUAUUUUCUGGAAAAUUUAAUGUAUCACACAUUUACAUCCGAUGAAUAGUUUCUAAGUAACAGCCGUUUUAAAUUCUAAUAAUCCGUGUGAAAACCCAUGUUAUCUAAGGAUUUAAUUUAAAAUCUCUGUUAUUUAGAAACUAUUCAUCGGAUGAAACUGUGGUAAAUGUGUGAUACAUUAAAAUGUUCAGAAAAAUAAACUCCAUAGAGUUUAUUUUACAUGGGAUGUAUCUUUGUGGGACAGCCUGUAUAGUUACUUAUAUUUUUUUGUGGUUAAGUGUGGAUAUAAUGUAACAAAUUUCGAAUAAACUUAAUUUGAAUACAAAUUAAAUAAUCAAAGAACUACAUUCAGAAUUGUAUUUUAGUAAGCAAUGGUUUAUUGUUGCGUAUAGCUAUACAUUAUAUUAUCUGUAAUAGUAUACUGCACCCGUCCCCAUUAUUCUAUGAUGUCUUUUUUAAGGUUUUAUUUCUAAUUUUUUACUAAUACCAUCAUAUAAUUCUAUUAUGACCAUCAUAGUUUUAUUAAUUCCUACCUGUGUAAUAACAAUAAUAUGAAAACAUGAAAAGAAAAAUUGAAUUAUAAUUUUAACUAUAUUUUAUUCACGAUAUGAUUAUGUGUAUUUCGGCGGUUCAGUAAUACUCUACUGACUAGAAUACACAACCAAAAAGUACAAGUAAAAAUAUGUUGGAAACUUUAGGUUUUCAUUUUCAGUUUCCUUUUCUUUACUACAUUUUAGAUAUUUUAGUACCUACCUAUCUCAUUUUAUCAAUAUAUUGAAUCAAGCCAAUUUGCCAAAAUAUAUAAGCUUGUUUUUUUAUGUUACAAUUUUUGAGCACUUUGCAAAUUAUUUUAUUAUUUUAAUUUUAUUUUGGUUACAACAUAUAAAUUUUUACAUAGCUAAUUGAAUUCAAUAUUAUUAGUUAUUACAUACUACACAUAUGUAUUUUAAGGCAUUUUACAAUCUAUAAUAAAAACUAAUAAAUUAUUUUUUGACGAUUUAAAUUCAUAAAGUAUAUCGAGUCUUUCUCUCUUACCUACAUUAUAAUAUAAUGUAUUUAAAAAUGUAUCUAAUAUAGUUAAAUAAAACACGAAUUAUAUCUAUAAAUAUGUAAAAGCUAUCAAAAAUGUGAUUGAUACUGUAAAGUCUCCUUUGGGUGGACGUCCAUCCGGUGUAUGCUAGUGACACAAGAAUUUUGUUUAUAUUAACGAGGUUUUGGGGACUCGGCCUCGGUGUGUGAUAUUUAUUAAUUAUUGUACUAUGGAUAUAGGUCGAAAUAUUUAUAAAUGUUGACAAUAUUGAACAAUAAUUAAUAUAAUAAAUUAUUUCAUUACAAUGAGCAAUCUUACAUCUUGAGGACGACCUAUAUGAUCUGCGAUAUUUUGUGGUUUUGGAUGACCGUUCUUCUCUGGAGUGAUGUUCUUAGGAGAAUUCAAUCAUACUUCAGUGAUACCACUACUAUUACUUUUGUAUUUUUGCCUAUAUUCCUACUUGCAUACUGUACACUCACUAUGCUAACCUCACGCCAUAACAAGGUUGUAAAUUGUAAAAAUGUAUAAUCUAAUAACUAUGCAAAGGUAUUUAAUAUUUUAGAUUUAGAUAUAAAUAUAUUAUAUGUACUCGCAUACCUAAUCAUGAAAAUAUAUUGUUUAUUUUUAUAUGAUUUAUAAGAUUUCGCAUAUUUACGUGAGUAAUUUUUAUUUAAGUCGUAUAUACUUACCUACAAUAAUAUGUUAACAUAUUCUAUAAUUUAGAUAAUUAUAUACAGAUUAAACAACACUAAUAGACAUGAACAUAAUUGUAAAUGAACCUAUGAUAACAAAUGAUGUGAGAUAAGGUUAUCCCUUAUUAUUCCCUAUUUGUUUAACCUGUUCAUAAAAGAAGCAAUCGAAGAGAUGAAAAAGAUAACCAGAAGUUAAUAAAUAAAAAACAUGUAUACAAUAUAAAAUAUCCUGACAAUUGUAACGGUCCCAACGUAAGAAUGUAGACCUAGAGGAAAAACGUUGAAAUAAAUUAAACUCCAACUUAAGUUAUAAAAAUAAUUAAUACUUUCCACACAAAAAUAUUACAUGUCUAAUAAUAAAAAUCUUUACAAAAUAUUCUAAGUCUAAAUUAAUUCACAAAUAAAUACAAGUCCAAAUUACAAUAAAUAGAGUGACGCGAAAUUGCUCGCAUUUGAUCGUGGUGGACUCGUCUCAUUAUAUAAUGUUUCGGGCAGCGUUAUAUGUGCUUGGAGGGACCCCCGCAAUCCGACGUUCAUAGUCGCGGCUAUCCUUGUUACUUCAUUAUUACUUUUUUAUACAUCCAGGCAUUUCAGGUCCUCGCGCUGGUUAAUAUUGUGUCAACCAGAUUACUGGCAUUCACGAGACAGCUGGUCAACCAUCAUAGAAUUGUUCGCAUGUCCUUCUAAGUGGGAUAAUGGAAGAUCGUAUGAUCCGCGCUAUUCACACCGGCGCUAAAAUGGUUCCAGACACUCAUGGACUCUUUGCCAAUUCUGUUUAAGUAUUUGCCGAAACAUCCAUGGACGGAUAGCAGUUGUGGAAAUCCAGCUCCCCGUGACUCCUGCAGUACAGUGCCCCGAUAUCGGUAAUGAGUAUGACGGUCCAUUACCUGGUUACUACACCUUUGCAGCCCACGUUUUCACCUUCAGGGCAUGGCAUCCUUCGCAUACCAGGGAUCGGUAGGAGGCCCGGUUCCGAGAUUGAACCUUAUAUAAUGAUGAUUGCUAUUGUUAAAGACUGCGUCAAGGAUUUCCCAGUUAGAAACCCGUCAUUUAAGCGACUUGGAGGCCGCAGUGAUGUUCACUAUGGAUCCGGCACUCUAAGCGCCAACUAAGCCAAGUGACGCAUAUAGGUCACUGAGCGCAUUUCCUCUGAUGUUUGUAACCCACUUCCUCCAGGCUGCCGACCUGGCAUUAAAAUUGCCAGUUACCAGUACUUGAGUGUUGAGGUUCAGUGAAAUAAUGCUGCUAUGCAAUUUGCUGAUAGAAUCCUGAUACUGCGCCUGCGUGCAGUUAGGGGAGGCAUAGCAGGAGUAAACCUAGACUCCAUUAACGGAAUCAUUAACAGGAGCCUUGCAUGUCGUUCUCUAGUAACCCUGCUCCUGGUAGUUAAAAAAUAGCAGAGUUUUAGGUUCAAGAAGUUUGACGCAACAUGAUUCCCAUUUGACUUUGUCUAAUCCUUGUUCUGCAGGACUGAGUGCAGCUUCCAUGUUGGCGCUGAAUAAUGCGACUUACGACUACGACCGCUAUGGCAAAGUCAGCCGUACUAAUAUAUUUACCCAUUUUUACCUCAUAUAACCAAUCUGGGAUGUUAAUAAUCAUGACCUGAGUUAUGAUUGAUAGCCUUUUUAUCUCCACCAUCUCCUGUACCGAGACCUGAAAGCUAUUAUUGAGCUUUUCAGCUUCGUACUUCCCAUCUACUUCAAAUAGAAUAGCACCAGCUCUGAUUCUACAGACUGCUCCUAUCAUAACAUUAAUUUCAGUCCAUUUAACAUCAGCGAUGACGUGCUUCAUGAUACCAGCGUACGAUAACCUCUUCACCAAGAUGACACCACCUCAGUUUUAGGGCACACUUCCUGACCAGGUCGAUGGGAUUGAAGCGAUUGCUUCUUUUACCAAACUGCCAAACUAUAUACCGAACUAAGCUUACCUAACCUAACCUAACACUGCAUUUUUGCAUUUAUUACGUUGCUUAAUUAGUCUACCUAACCUACUGACUUUCUUUCAUCCAUAUUUUAUGUAUAUUUGAUAAUUUUACUUUAUGUGGUUAUCAUAAAUUAUUAUCAUGUAUUAUAUAUUAUAUUAAUUUUAAAUAAAUUUAUAAUUAUGAUUAGUUUUGAAUUAAAUAAACACACCAGAAAUCUUUAACUCCUAUUUUAAUUACAAUUACGGAUUCCGAAGACUCGGAUUAUCCAACUUUAGCAAACACUGAUUUUUCGAUUUUUCACACCACUUGUUGUUGUACAAUCGUCAAGCACUGAAGGCUGAAUCAUCAAAAAAUAUAAAAAGACCGUUUAAAUUCUAAAAGAUCUCAUUGUUUCUAAACUCUAUUACUUAUUAUUUUUUACUUUAAUUAUGUCCGAUAGUAGCUAAUAUAUUAAACAAUUAAUAAACUGUAGACAUGUUUUUUAAAUAUGUUGAGCUGGUACGACUUAGAUAAUUUAUUAAUAAUAGAUAAUACAUUUUGAAUACAUUUAAAUGUAUAUUAUCAAAAGAAGUUAAUUAUUUAAUUAAUAUCUACAUAAUAAUUGAAAUGCGUAAUUAUCAAAAUAAUUAAUUAUACUUUAGGAAUGCCUGAAAAAGAAUUCAAUUAUUCUAUUUAUAAAACACAACGAAUAGAAUUUUGUAAGUAAUUUAUGAUUUUAAAAACAUUAUAUUACAGUAUACCAUACAUCGUAAUAAUACUAAUUUCGAGAUAAAACGUUUUUUCGUCACAAAGUUUUGAUAUGUUCAUAAACGCACACUAUGGUAUUAUCAUCUAUCAGGUACUUAAGUUAUUACAAAAUUGGUAUGAUUUGAUCUUUAACUUAGCAUGCUAAACAUUUGUGAAAUCAGAUAGGUUUUAAAUUUUCUAGUCAUGGGCACCAAUCCUCCUAUUGGUGUCUAUGAAACAGAACAUUUAUCCACUGAAAUAAAUAAUAGUAUUAAAACUUUAUUUGGCAUAUAUUUUAAGCUUAUAUUUUUAUUUAGCCCCUCCCCUCAAUUUUAACUUGGGUGACCAUGAACAUUGGUUCACAUAGGGGGGGCUUGUGUUCCGAAAAACUCAACCAAGCCCUCUUUCAAAUCAAAUCUUUGACCAGUAAAUACUAAGUAUAAAUAAUCAAUUUCAAUAAAAAUGAAACUUUGUGAGGGGUGGGAGCACACUCCCGAACCCCCCCCAAAAAAAAAAUGAAAAUAUUUGGGCUCUUUGAGCUUAUGAUUAUAGGUCUAGAAUUCUAGGUAAUAUACCUAUAGUAGUAUGAAAUAAUUAGAAAAUAAUUUAAACUUUUAUUAGCCAUACAACCAUAGAAUCUAGAAGGAAAUAAUUUGUUUAAAUUGUGUACAUAAUUGACAAAAGAAAUACAUAAAUCAAUUCUUUCAUUAUUAAAAUAUAAUUUACCUAGAUAGGUAGAAUAGUCGAAAUAAUUCAUCCUUCGUGGUUGAUUUUAAACGGUGGUGCAGUCUUCCUGAUAAAGAGAGCAAAAAAAAUCCACACCAUGACCCACCUAUUGCGUACCCCUGGCUACACCACUGGUUUAAAGUUAAUUACAGAAUAUUUUAAUUUGUUUUAAAAGUAUUAUUAAAAAAAAAAUAAAAUCUUUAAUUAUUAAUUUAUAAAUGGUGUAUGUCAUUUUUAUUAAUUUAGGUAUAAUACUAUACCAAAAAAAAAAUAUAUUUAAUCCAUAAUUUGUGUAUAGGUAUAUACAUACCUAUAGUAUUAUACAUAAGAAAAUACGUUGUAUAAUUAUACAUAAAUAAUCAAAAAUGAACACGCAUCAUUUUAAAUAAAUUAAAAUUUAUAUUAUUUUUCAAGGUGAAAAUUAUUACUACUCCAAAAACGAACACUGUGAGAUUAAUUUACCUGCAAAACUUGAAAUUGAAUUUGGUUUUAAUUUUGGUUUAUGGCUUUUGAUUUUUUCGGCUUUCACAUAUUUCAGCUUCGAUUUUGAUUAAAUAACGUUUAACACUGUUUUUCAAUCAUCAUUAUGGUUUAAAUAUCGGUUAUAAUUUUUUCCGGUUUCAGUUUUGGUUUUAAAAAUCAUUUUUUAUAUUUUCUUAUUUAAAUUUUGAUUUUGUAAAAUCAGUGUUAAUUUAUUUCCGAUCUCAAUUUCGGUUUUAUUUUUGUUUAUAUUUAGAUUUAAGUUUUAAAAACUAGUAUUUAUUUUUUUUAGUUUGUUACGUUGAAAAAAAAACACCGGGUUUUUUAUUUGUUGAUGGUUAUUUAUUACGUUUAUUUUUUUUUAACAAAUUUUAUCCUUACAAUUUUUGAGAUUUUUUUAACCAAAUACUAUACUCAAUGAGGGUAUACAAUAAAAAUACAACAAAACAAAAAUAAUAAUAACAAUACACAAAUACACAGUGACGUGAACAUUACACGGGUAUAUGUAGACUUUUUCAAUAACACUAAGUAUGGGCUAGUAACGUAUGUUACCAAAAAAUACCUCUCACAAUACCGACAGUGGCCUACGUGCUAUCAUCGGUAUGCUACAGGUUUCUUUGUAGCACUGGACUACAGCUGUCCACAAAUUGCUCUGGCUUCUUUCUUCGGACUGCACUACACCGAAUUGCUCUUGAGUACUGCGGUUUAAAUGGUACUGUGGCGAAAAAUUAACCAAAAAAAUGGGGUGAGAAAACUUAGUGAAUCACCCUGUAUACAAUGACAUUAAUAAAAUUCUGAGAAAAUUAAAUCCUCGACUUUACAGUUUAUUCUAUACAUUGUAAUUUUGUUUAGAUAUUAAUAAACAAAUGGUAAUAUUUAGAGAAUCAAUAGACAAACUGGUAUUAUGUUUAGGUAAGUUGCAUAAUAUUUAUAUUGUAAGUAGAUUCCUAUUAUAAAUAACCAGAAAUCAAUGAUAAUUAAUUGAAAAUUAUUAAUAAAUGUUUGAAAUUGAAAAAAAAUAGUAAUUAUAAUAAAAUGAAUCAAAUUAGGGCUAGACUGGCCCAGUAGCCUACUGACCUAAAUGAUAAUAGAUCGUUGCCAUUGGUUGAGUUGUGGACAGAUGCCUUGUAAGUGGUAUUAUUAAAUAUUUAUACGAUAUACAUUAUACAUAAAUAUAGAGUUAUUAGACGUAAAAAGAGAUAAUGAAAUAGAAUCUACUCACAUUUAAUUAUGUAAAAUAAAUGGAAAUGUUUAAUUAAAUUAAAAUGAUAUCAUCAAUAACACAUUAUUGAUAAUGUAACAAAAUAUUAUGUAUACAUUUAUUUAUUAAUUUAAUUUCAUUUAAAUUAAAAAUUUCCAUUUUUUACAUAAUUAUACAUAUAUGUUACAGGCAAAACCCGAAAUUUGGCAAAUCUCAAAAAUGCCCUGGCAAAACGCGAAGUGUCCACGAUACUUGCGCAAAACAUCAAAUUUCGGCUUUUGCUCGGAAAAACCUGUAGUUGUGACCAACCUCAUUCAGGAAAAUCUGUAAUGUCUAUCGAUAUAUUUGAUUAAAAACAUAUUUUACAUAUUAUAUUAACAAAAAUUAUUCAAAACUACAACAAAAAAAUAUUAAUUUUAAAUAUUGUUCAUAUUAGGUACAUUGAUAAAAAUUAUUUAAAAUUACAAAAAAAAUAUAUUAAAAUUAAAUAUUACAUAUUCGUUUAGUUUUUGCUACACAUAUUUGAACUAUGGCAUUUUGAACUACAAAUAAUAUGUUGUUUUUCAUAUUUGCAUCUUCUUAUAGUACACUUCAUUUUGCAAGAGCAAAAAACAAACCCUUGUCCCCCAGUUAAUAAAUUUUUAAUACUCGCUGUUCUCAAUGAUAUUUCGGUAUUUGGUACAUCUUUGCUAGUAAUAAAUUGAUCCUUACACUGAAAUAUUUGAUUUCUUGCAUAUAGUAAUGAACAAAUUCCAUUUUUGUUCCUAUUUUAUAGUAUCCAUCGUCAAUAAUACUUAAUUUAACACCCAACAUCUUAGGCACAACUAGACCACCAACCUUGGGGUUGCUAAAAUUGUAGACACAUCGUACACCCACAGAGACAAUGCACCCACAAUACACUUUACACGAUAUUUAUAAUAAAUAACCACACAUUUUAUUUACAAUUAUUUAUAAAAAUAUGUAUCAAAACAUUUUUAACUGUCUUCGUAAGUAAUUUGUAUUUUGUUCUGCUUAUUUAUGAAAUACACGGAUAAAAUAUUUAGUUUAUGCUAUAAGACAACGUAUUGGGUACUUUUAUGAGUGCUAAUUUUAAACUUGGGGAUGCUAAAGAUCCUCUAGUACCUCUAAACCCCUAAGAUUAGUUUUGUGAAUGUUAUUGAAUCCUAGUCAUUUUACAAAAACUUUUUGUCCUUUGGUACGAAUCACUUUUCCAACAAAAUAGUUAUUUGGAAACUUUGUUUUAUUUAAUUCCUCACUAGAAAAAUAGUCAAUGACUGCAUUCCGUGUAUAGUUUUCUGAAUAAACGUCGUAAAAAUGUUUUAUUAAUUUUUACAAUAGUGAAUAUCUCUGUUCACAAAUUGGGUAAAUAGCCUUUCGUAAAUACGUUUUUCUGUAUUCUAAUAUGUACACUGUCACCUAUGCCGAAUUUGUUUUUCCUAACAUGUAUAUUAUCGUGAUUUAAUGUGACUAUUGCGGUAUUAUUGUCCGCCUAUAUAGGCGGAUAGGUGUCAUUCCAAUUAUUCUAUGUUUCAGAUCACAAAACUCUUGAAUCAUUACCGAUAAUAUCUAGCAGUUAUGAAUCCCCCUUGCAGUGAACUCCUUAUACAUAUUUUCUUUCAUUGUACGGUUGAAGCGCUCGGCGAUACGCCUCUCAGUAAUACAUUGAAUAUUUGUUCGAAUGUGUCGAAUGUUGUAUUAUAGAAUUAUUUUCCUUUAUCAACUUGUAACAACACGGGAGAACAAUUUAUUAAUAUUCUAGAUAUCGCAUCAGUGACUUAUUUCGACGUUUUUAAUUUUAAUAGUAUUGCCCAAUUGAAUUUCGUAAAACAGUUGAUAACACAUAUGAUAUAUUUAUUUUACUUCUAGUAUGGUAUUAUUUCGAUCAACUCGGCUUGUCAUAAAUCAUUUUUACCAUGUACAUUAAUUCAUUAUAGUAUUAUUAAUUUGAUUCUCCUAACACGUGGAAAAACGCCCCAUGAUGCCUAAACAUUUUACCUCUAUGAUUUGGACUCUCUUUUUUAAUUUUGUACCUUUUUUGAUUAUUAACCCUCCCCUCUUUCAAAUGGUAUAAGUGGCUAUUGAAUAAACCUAUAAUAUCAAGUUUUUUAAAUCCUACUUAGCACAUUAAAUCACCAGAUCACACAAAAUAAAAAACAGCAUAAAUAUGCAAUUAAGUAAUAUUAUAUAUUGAUAAAAAUGGUACAGAUACACAUUACAUUUAGAAUUAUCCUACUACUACUAUUUUUAGUAGUUACAGAUAAGUAUAUUAUUUUAGUAAAACCAUUUUCACUAAUUUCAACACAGUUAAUAAUAACAUAGUUGCAUUUAUAGUCAUCCACUUCUUCUCCGAUUGGACUUACAUAGACUUCAUACAUUAGGGUAAAAUCACAAAGUUUCCAUUACCAGUAACUGGUGAUUCGAUGUUUAAUUCGAUUACAAGUUCAUUACGUGACACUAAAUGGUAAGAAGAGUGAUUGGUGAAAACAAAAAAGCGGCCUUCCUUAAAGGAGUGUACGGCACUAAUGUUGUUCAUUAUUUAAAUAAACGACCACCCAAUAGGCACAACGACACGACACUUUAUGUACGCAAAUUACUUAGAAUUAACGGUGCAAGUUUAAGGAAAUUAAAGAAAGACCGGAGAAGACCCUAAAAGAUCUCACAAUAUACCAUCAAAGGAACCGACUAAAACAAAACCCAUCGAAAACACAAAUAUGUACAUUUCACUCUAAGAACCGAGAAGCAAAAUAAAACCUGCAUAUCAACUGGAAUAACUAAAUAUUAUAACACAGUAACAACCCUAAAUAUCUAGGGGUCUUCUUGAAUCGAAGCCUUACGUACAAAAUGCAUUGUGUAAAAACCCAAGGUAAGAUAUAAGUCAGGAAUAACAUCAUACGGAAGUUUAUUGUUAGUAAAUGGGAAGCUGACGCAAAGAUACUCCGUACGUCUGCGCUAGCUCUAUGUUUCUAGUACGUCAUCUCAUGCAUGGACAGAUACCACCACCAAAACGCUUGCGCUCUAGAAGUUUUCUAUACAACUGUGAACCACUAAGUAUUUCACCUCAGGAAGAGCGAAUCGGACUAUGGCAAGGAGAACUUCUUAUUACGGAUUUCCCCAAAAAUGAAAACCUCCCCACAGAUUACGAUCUCUAUAUGUACUGUGAAGCACGCUAAACAGAUUAAGAGUAGGUGUUGCUAGAACAAACGAUAAUUUAGUGAGAUGGGGUAUUCAGGAAGAUCAAUUUUGUAAGUGCGAACAGAUAUAGAUUGACGACCACAUUCUGCAGUGCAAUAGAGCCCCACAUAAAGUUGCAGAUCACAGAAACUUGAUGGUUCGUAAAACAAGAUGAAGAAGGGAAACUGUUGAAAACUGGAACGGCAAAGAGAUCUGUUAUGUUCGUCGACCAAACGAUAGAAGAAAAAGACAGAUUCGUUUUUGCAACUAAACGAGACGUCUUUAUACGAUUUUUUACUGUGCACAAUGGAUAAAAACUUUAAUGGAGAAUAUUUUCAAUAUUUUUUUUUAAAACACUUUAUUUCAUGUUUUAAUUCAGUUAUUUCUUCUGUUAAUUCUGUUUUUCUCUUCCUUAUUUCUUUUUCCUUAUUUUAAAUAAACUCAGGAAUAAGCGCAUAGUCCACAAAAAAAAUGAUGCAUUUUGGAAAAUGACUUAACUAAAAUGUUUACUAAAACUUCGCCGAUUGAUCAUUGAAUUGUUAUAGACUGAAAUGUUUAUUAAAUAAUAGUAUGGCGUGUUUAUUGAACGGAUGUUUCAGGACUGAAACUUGCAAAUAAUUUACCUUAUACCGUUAUGAAAAGUACAAUUUAAUAAAACCAGUUUAAAAAGACGGAAAUACUUCGCACGUGGGUGGGCCACUGUUGUAGACGAAAAGUUGAAAAGGUAGUAAAGGAGAAAUUUAAUGUAUAUUAGUACGUACAUAACGAUAAACCAUUGCUAACGAAAAAAUAAUUCUGAGUGAAAUACAGUUGAUAGUGUUGCUAUGUCAACAAUAUAUAUGUCAUAUUAUGGAAAUAUAAUUUAAUAGGCAUUAUAUAUUUCCUUUUAUAUUGUACAAAUUUUCCGGUUUUUCCUACGUUUUUUCCAUUUAAAAUCAAAAAAUUGCAUCCAUAAAGCACAUUCCUAGUGCGAUUUCCUUUUAGAAAAGGUACUACACUUAAAAAUAGAAAUAAGAUUUCUGGUAGAAAAGUUGUUAACAGAAAAAAAAAAAUACAAAAUAUAAACAUCAGUGUAAAACCAUAAGUUCAUUUAGUUUCUUUUUCUCUACUCAGUAUCUAAAACACGAGAAAAUAAAUUAUUAGUUGUAUUAUUAAAAAUAAAGAGGCCGAAUUUGCACGGAACAUAUUGCUGCACCGUAGAAAGUGCAAAAAAAAUAAAAAAAAGAUUUUUAGGUUCAUGCGGCGUUUUGCUUCGUAAUAGAAGGAACAAAUUAAUACUAAUAAUUUAGUGAAAGUUUUUCGUGACCGUUCAUACAUUUAAAAUACGAGGUCGCAUUUGGACAUUUCGAAUAGGUUUUAAAAUUCACAGCUGAUAUAUGUAUUUUCCAUCACCUUUUAAAUUCUGAGUGAAGUGAGGUAUGUAUUGGUUUUACAUUGAUGUUUAUAAUUUUUUUUUUUUUGGACAACUCUACCAACAAUUUUUGUUCAGAUUUACAAUGAUAUCACGUUUCCUGAAAGGAAAUCUGACUCUGCACUUUAAGGAGGUCAUUUUUUGAUUUUUCCAGUAGUUGGUAAAAAUGGAAAAAACCGGGAAAAUAGGUAAAAUAUUAAAUAAAUAUUAUUAAAGAAAAUAUAUAAUGCAUAUUUAUAUUACCAUAAAUGACAUAAAGAAAACAUUUGUAGAAAAAGAAGCACUAUUAAUUCCACAAAAAAUCUUUUUUGUUAGCAAUCUUUAAUCGUUGCGUACAAACAUACAUUAAAUUUCUCCUCUACCUUCCCAACUUCUCACCUAUAACAGUGACCCACUCACGUACGAAGUGUGUCUGUCUUUUUUAACCUUAAAUUCCAUCGAUUAUUACAUGAGCGCUCGUUUGUAUCAGUAUACAUUUGUACGGGUCUAGAUAGUGAUUUUUUCCCGCGUUUCCCAUGUAUUAUUCUGAUUUUUCACAUUAUCUGGGCAAACUCCUAAGAAAAUCGAAAAAUUUACUUAUUUAAAGUACCUCCCUAAUAAAAUUAUCUUUCAGAAAAGGUGCUACACGUAGAAAUCCGAGCAAGUAUUCUGGUAGAAAAGUUGUGAACAGAUAAAAAAAAAUAAUAUUAAUAAACUUCCUCGUCCCACUCAGAAUCUAAAAGUAAAAAUAGUAAGACCAGGAAUAUGCACGUUAUUUUAACUUAUUAUUCAAAAAUUAAAAAUCAAGAAAGUCUAAAAUGAUGACGUGCUAACCCCAAUUGGAUAAGCGGUUUUUAUAAAUAUUAAAAUGAAUAUUUGAAAUAACUUUUCAGCAAAAAAAAUAAUAAUAAUUUCCCGAUAUUAUAAACCCUAUAUUUUUUACUUAAUAAAAUAUUUAAACAAGUAUCAUAUAAUUUUUUCCAGGUAUAAUACGUGAUAACCAGUUUUUAGGUAGGAUAGAUUAUUAAAAUUUAAUAUUGUUAUUUUUAUGAUGUUUAUGUCAAUAUAUGCAAACCCGCAUCCUAUUUAUAACAAUAAAUAAAUAAUCACUUGACUUAAUUAUAUGGCUGCAUUCAAAUUGAAUACCACCUCUUACAAAUGUCUAUCUGAAUUGCAUGCCAUUUAUAGUUUUACUCAUACCAACUUAAUAUUUUUAUUUUAGAUUUUUCAAAAACCGAAAAAUAAAGUCAAUCAAAAUACAGUUUAAAAAUAUUUAUUUGUGUUUAUUCAUAAAAAUGCAUAGAUUUUAUUUAGAUACACAUUUGUCAACUUUUAUUCAUUAACUUUUAUUUACAAUAUGUAAUCAAUAAGCACAUAUAGCGUUGGGGAUGACAAUAUAGACGAUAUUAUACAUAAAAUGAAAACAGUAAAAUAAUAUUUUGAUAUGGCAUUAUAGUAGUCAUAAAAUUAAAACAUUUAUAAAUUUAGUGUAAACUUGAAAACUGAAAUAUUUUUAACCGCACCAGUUCAAGUUUCUACUAUUAGUUCCAACUACAUAAAAAAAGUCGGAAGGUAAAUGUUACUUUAAUUUAAUUUAAAUUCAAUAAUAGUUAAAAAGUAGGUGAAUUUAUGACCAAAUAAAUGUGGUACAAAAAAUAUAAAAUAUAUAUAUAUAUAUAUAAUAGUGUGCAAUUCAGAUACACCAAAUUAUGUAUAAUCUAAUUAUAAUCUAUAAGUUUUAAAAAUUGUAUGUACCAAUAUACCUAAAUUAAGCUUAAAAUAUUUUAUACAGAUCUUAUAAAAUUAUUUUUUACAGAGAUAUUAAGAGACAAUUUAAGUAAGUUUGUCUGUUAAAAUAAAUCCCAAUUAAUUGAUAAUCAUAAUACUUUAGAAUAAAAUAAUACUAUUAAAGUUCAAUUGUUCUAGCCAACGUUAUUUCAUUUAUUUUUAUAUUUAUUUCAUUAAUUUGUAUAACAAUAAUAAAUUAUCGAUGUAAUAAUAAUAAUAAUUAAUAAACAAAUAUGUAAAUAAAUUUAAAAUUACAGACCCUUACUUAAUAGCUAUACCAGAUAAGAAUAUUAGUAAGUCAUUUAUUUUAUAAUAAUGUAUAUAUUUAUGCAUUUAAUUCUGUCAUAGGACAUUUCAUGUAUUUCAAGAAUAAUUAAGUAGAUAUAAAUGAUAGUAGACUAACUUAAAAUAUAAAAUUAGACAGAAAUAAAGAUACAGUAAAAAUUAUAAUUGAAAUAAUAAUUUAUCUUGCAAAGUAUUCCAUUUUAUGGACAUGACGAAAAUGUUAUAUCGUUGAAUUGAGGAAACUAUUUGCAAAAAAGGUUUUAUUCUGAUCAAAUACCUUUAAGAAUGAAAACAAUUUCCACCACCCACUAGACAUCAUAUUAUCGUUCACUAUAUGUAAUUUUUUCAAAGUUCAAAAAUAUUAUUUCAACUCUCAACGAUUUUCAAAAUCAGUUUAUCGAUUGUGUAGUUCUACAGCUUGUAAUUUACUAAAAAUCGUUAUUUUUUUAAGUUUUGUUAAUGAUAAAGAAAUAACGGUUUUUAGUAAAUUACAAGCUGUAGAACUUUUGUUAAUGAUAUGUUUUUAAUGACCAAAACGUUUGAUGUUACUACUUCACUAUCGACAUACUUACAAACUCCGUCAAAUGAUUACAUUAUAACAUUAACAAUUGUUGAUAUGCAGGAGAAAGAUUAUGAAAAUUGUAAACACAAGUUUCAGCUGACACUAUUUUACAAGAAUCAAAAGAGUUUUGAGUUAAAAAUGAACUCGAUGAAGUCAAAUUUCCUGUAAUUAGAUAAAGGAAACGGAAAAGAAUGAAUGACGAGAAUACUUCUGAUGAAAUUACAUAUAGUCCAGUCAAUUACUUUAGAACAAAUGUUUAUUUUUUUUUUGUAUUGAUCAAAUUAGAGUUUCUUUAACAACACGGUUUAAAGAUGCUAGAGAAAUUCUUAAAGAUUUAGAUUUUUAUCAUACGAGAGAUUCUUAAAAGUAAGCAAUGAAAAUAUAGUGCCUAAAGAUACCUCUGACUCCCUUAAAAUUGUGGAUUCCUAAAAUAGAUAAACAUUCAAUAGAAUAAAAUAUAGACAUUUUUAUUUGAGUCUUAUGAAAUUACAAUAGAGUUUUUAUUUCCUGAAAUUUUACACGAUGGAAGUAUAUUGUUUAGUGAGUUAAAAAAUGAUGAAUGAUGAUUCCGAAAUGUUUAGCAAAAUAAACGACGAAGAUAAAUUACAUAAUAAUUUUGAAAAAAUAGUACCUUCUUCUCAAAUAUUUGAACUAAUUUUAAGUUAACCUCAUCAUUUUCUAACUUAAAUAUCGCUUACAAUUUAUUAUGCUUAAUACCAGAUACUUCAGUUUCUAGUUAACGGUCCUUUUCAAAAGUUAAACUUGUUAAGAUCCGUUUACGUUGAACUAUUGGACAAGAAAGAUUAAAAAAUGUAUUGCUUUUUUCUUGUGAAAAAGAUCUUUCUGGUAAAAUUAAUAUUAAAGAAAUAAUUGGCACUUUAACAAACACAUCAGCUUCGUUAAAAAAAAAAUGAUAUGUUUGCAUAAUAUUUUUUAUCGAUUGCAAUAAAUAUAAACAAUUUUAUAUAACUAUUAUUUAUGUAUAAUUUUAAUUUAAAAUUGUUAUUAUUGUUGUGUACUUACUAGUUAUUUUAGUUAGAAACUAAAAUAUAAAGUUUACAAAGAUAUUUAUGAUAAUUAUUUUUUUUUUUUUUUAUUGCCCAGAUAUUUUAAUAUAAACUUACUAUUAAUUACUAAUUGUAAUUAGUAGCAGUUAAUAGUAAUUAAUAAUGCAAUUACCGUAUUUAAAAUAAAGUUGUGUGCAUAUUGUACAAUACAUAUGGUUAAUGGGUACGUAGGAGUAAAGGGGUGGUAAAUAGCAGGUAAAAAAAAGUCCAAUUAAAUAUUUCACUUCGCUACGCCACUUGGUAAUGCAAUUAUGCAACUGAUUACUGAUUGUGUUAAUUAUGAAUAGAAUAUUAACUAUAUAUUUUUUUUUCAGUAAAAUAUGAAGUUAUACAAAGUGAAUUUGGUAUGUAAUAUAAUAUAUCACAUUAUUAUUAUAACUAGUACUCGGAAGUUUUAGGAGCUAAAAGAGGCAAAAUAUGUAUGCAAAUAUGCACGAAAAAGUGGUAAAAUAUGCAUGAAGAAAUGUUAAAUAUGCAAAAAAUGUAAUAAAUACACAAACAAUUAUUCAGUUUAUUAUUCAAUAUCAUAUCACUAACCUUUUCAGUGGGGCCCAUUAUAUUUUCGAAGAAAUAAACAAUAAUAAUAAUAUAGUAAUAAUAAUAAUAAUAUUAAUAAGAAUAAUAAUAAUAAUAUAAUGCCAUUAUUAAUAUGCACAAAACAAAGAAAAAUUAAUUACGAAUAGCACCAUUAUCGUUAAAUUAAUAAUAAUGGAUUGAGACAGUGAGAAAUAACAAAAAAAGACUACGUUAAAUAAUAUUGAGUUUUAAAUUUGAUACUGUUUAAAAUAAAUUGGUAAAGAAAGGAAAAAAUCAAUUCUUUAGAAAAUAUUAAAUAUCCAUACAAAUAUGCGAAUAUCAAUGAAAAUCGACGAAUUAUGCACUUUUUUCUAAAAUUAACGAAAUACGAGGUAUGACUAUUAAAUAACGAGACUGCUCGCCUAGAAGGCGCCCUAGAUGGGUAGUGAAAAAAACGAGUAAUGCUUUGGGUAUCUAGAUAUCUUAUCUAUGCACGUACCAAAACACGUUUUCGUUACUAUUAUAGUAUUUGUGCAGUAGUUGUUUGAAACGAACGUGUUUUUUUCUCGUGCCGAAAAACAGGAGCAACGUAUCAAUCUCAAAUUUCUCGUUAAAUUGAAAAAAACCCCGACCGAGUGCUAUAAAUUGUUGCAAGAGGCCUAUGGAGGCAAUUCUCUAUCUCGUGCACGUGUUUUUGAGUGGUAUAAGCGCUUCAGUGAGGGCCGAGAGAGCACUGAAGAUGACCAGCGCCCAGGUCGCCCUGUCACUGUUUCAACUCCGGAAACAGUGACCAAAAUCAACCAAAUUGUGCGUGCAGAUCGCCGAAUGAGCAUCCGGAUGAUUGCCGAGGCUGUAAACGCCGAUAAAGAAACGGUUAGAAAAAUUUUACAUGAGGAAUUACAUAUGACAAAAGNGCGUCAACAGGUCUGCUCAGAUUUCCUUGAAAAGUUAAAAGAAGAUCCCGGACUGAUGAAAAACAUUAUAACUUGCGACGAAACAUGGAUUUUUCAAUACGAUGUUGAAACAAAGCGACAAUCGAUGCAUUGGAAGACACCUGAAUCGCCCAGAAUCAAAAAAGCAAGGAUGUCCAAAUCAAAAUUUAAGGCAAUGUUGAUCGUUUUUUUUGACAUUAACGGUAUCGUGAUGACUGAAUGGGUUCCAGAGGGUCAGACUGUCAACCAGAUUUACUAUUUAUCAGUUUUGGCAACACUGCGAGAAAGAGUUCGUAAGAAACGGCCCGAGUUGUGGAAGAACAACUCGUGGAUUUUGCACCAGGACAACGCAUCUGCCCAUAACGCGCUAUCUGUGAAGCAGUAUUUGGCUGGUAAGCGCACUCCAGUGCUCGAACACGCGCCGUACUUGCCAGAUUUGGCACCGUGCGACUUUUUUUUGUUUUCAAAGAUAAAAUCUGCUUUGAACGGGACCCGAUUUGAGUCGAUGGAAGCGGUAAAGCAAAAAACGGCAGAGCUCCUAAAGACCCUCACCAAAGAAGACUUCCAGCACUGCUUCGAUCAAUGAAAAAACGUACGGAAAGGUGUGUGGCGAGGGGAGGGGAGUAUAUUGAAGAGGAGCAUUUGAAUGUAGAAUAAUUUUUAUAAUAAAACACUUUUUCGUAACCAGUCUCGUUAUUUAAUAGCCACACCUCGUAUGUAAANAGCAUUUGAAUGUAGAAUAAUUUUUAUAAUAAAACACUUUUUCGUGGCCAGUCUCGUUAUUUAAUAGCCACACCUCGUAUGUAAAAUGUGUAUUUUAAAUGUCCAAUUUUUAAACUCUCCAUCAAGUAUUUCUAGCUUGGUCUGCUAUAAAUUCAGUGCAUACAAAAAUAUAUGCAACUCCUAUAACUUUCGAGCCUUAAUUUAUUAUAUUUAGUAGGAUACAUAAGAUACUAAUCAGGAUAUACAUUUAACGUACCUAUUUUUAAGGUUUUUAUUUUUUUUCCCCAUGUACCUAUUACGCUAUUUUCUAUUUAUGAUGUUCAUAUUAAUUGUAGGUUUAAUAAUAUUUUUUUUUUUUGUUAUAGAUUUAUAUCAGUCAUAGACUAGCUAUAAACGUUAACUACAUUAAAAUAAUUUUAAGUACUUAUGUACUACUUAUAUUAUUGUUUUAUGUUUAUUUUAGAUUACCAUACAAUUGAAGAUACAAUAAAUAGUAAAUUAUGUAUGUCGACAUAUCGUAUUAAGUAUAGUAAUCUAUUAUACUUGGAUAUUUUUUCAUUUAAAAAUAUUACAAAACCCUAUAAUAAGGAAUUAGAAUAAUUAGUUUUAAAUAAUGUAAUAAAUACUUACGAAAAUGGCUGGCCCAAAAAUAUUUACUGGUUGCAUUCUAAUACAUUCUAGUUGCGUCCCGGUUUAGCUAAAGUGACUGCGACCAGUUUUGGACCACUCUCGGUGACUAUAUUUAUAUUAGGGCUUACGAUUUCACGUGUACUUAAAUACACGGGUACACGUGUAAUUAUGAAACACGUCCAUUGAUCCAUGUAUUUAAUAAUACACGUGAUUUAAGGUGAAAAUUUGAUUUUUUUUAACGCUUAUAAAAAUAAGAUAUAGGUACCACUAAAUAUAUUUUUAUAUUUAAAGCGUAGCGUGGAAUAUAUUGGUUUUACAUGAUGUUUAUUUUUUUUGUAUUCUGUGUACAAGAUAUCUCCUAACUCCGACCUCUAAUCGAAAAGUUGCAAGAGACCUUUAUUGUUGCAUUUUGGUACGAGUUGGUACUUUUGGGAGGUCAUUUUAUUAAAUUACCAAUUAAUCAACAAAUAUUUUCAUAUAACCGUUAAAAAAUCAAUUUGCAAAAUAUUAUUUCAAAACUAAGUAUGACCAACAAACUAUGAUAUCGCGUAUAUAGUACAUCGUAACAAAAAUUAAAACAAGUAAACGUACCUUGUUAACUGAGAAUUUGUUGGCUUCAUAUUAUGGAGUAAUUUUAAAUGUCAACCUAAUGAUCACGUAGUCCCACAUAAAUAUUAUUUUUGUAAAUGAGUUGAUUUCCACAAUAUAGAUUAUUAUUAUCAUGAAUAAAUAAGCCGUUUGCAUUAUAAUAUUAUUAUCUUAUUAUCUUGUGUAAAAAAAAACCUUUUAUCCAAUGUAACAUUUACUGUAUAUGCUGGACAUAAAAUUUUAUUUGAAUUAAAAUUAUGUCAUUGAGUCUGAAUAUUAUUAUUCUACGUCACUGGACGUGGCCUUGCAACGGUCAAUGUCAAAAUCGCAAAUUAUUAAAUUGUCAAUACUCAUUAAUAAAUAUAUAAAUAAAUAAUUUCUUAGUAGAAAUAAAUUAUAGCAAAUGAAAUAAAUGUAUUAUUAUUUCAUUUAUUUCUACUUAAAUACACGUGUAAUAGUAAAUACACCCGUAGUUAUAAAUACACGAUUUAAUACACGUGUACUUAAAUACACGUCUAUCCGAGUACCUGUAUAUUUUAAAUACCCGUAGGAUAUCAUAAGCCCUAGUUUAUAUGCAUCCAUUAAAUCGAAAUUAAUUUAUUCGUAUUGGAUAAAUUUGAAUUAGGGUACAAGUAUACAUGCACGUCUUAAACCGUAUUAGUAUAAUACACUGUCAUUAAACCAAUUUAUGUUGCAACGUUUAAAUGAACAGUUUAAAUUGAUUUACCUUCAUUCGAAUUUAUAAUGUCAUAAAGAAAUAAAAAAACGAAUAUUAUUACAACUUUAAUUCUUCAAUAACUGAUAACGUUUAUUAAUAUACCUGUCGUCCCAAGUACCUACCGCAACCCUGAUUCAGUUGCUGUAGAUAGCCUAUAUACGAAGAGAGUGACCAACUCGCUAAUGCCGUCUGAUUGACCUUUUGAUAUGGACCGUUCAUCAGUGUUGCACUACGAAAAAUAUUCCUAAAUUAUCUUAUACAAUCGUCUUUAAACUCAACAUUUCUCGUAACAUGUAUUUUAUUUAAUUUUAAAUUGUAUUAAGUGAAUGUUCACGUAAAGUCAAUACGUUUAUGAACAUUCGCUACUUCUAUUUCAUACUAGGGAUGAGAAUAGGGCGAAUCUGAAGGUUGUUAAAGGGGGGAGGCGAAUUUAAAUAUUUAUUAUGUAUAUCUGUAUAAUACCUAUAUCAAAUAUAUCAAAUAAAUCUGUAAAAAAAGAGCCGAUACUGAGGACGGAUGCAGUCACUAUUAAAGAUAGGAAGUUAAGAUGGUAGAAUACAUAAAGUUAUUUAAUUUAUAUCUGUAAGCAACAAUAAACCAUUCCUAACGUACAAUAAUUCAGAGCGAGGUUCUAUGAGAAAAAAUAUGCUGAUCUUAAAACGUUUAUGAAAAAAUAAAACUAAUGCAUUAAACUCAAAUCUACUACUACAGUUCUUAACACAACAACCUGGAAUUAAUUAUAUUAAGAUUUAAAAUAUUAAAACAGUAUGCAUCAUUUCAGCAUUGCAUUGAUAACUGUAAACACAAUAUUAAAUUAUAAUCAAUUAUUAUGUUAAGAUUUAAUAACAAUUUAUUUGAUUUUCAUAUAACUUCAAUGUGGACUGUAAAUGGCGACACACAUAAAAUCCUAAUGAAAACCGUUGGCCAUUCUCUUAUUAUACAGGCCCUCUAGGUUACUGUAGUGUGAUCCGUUUACGUGCAUUUUGUACUGUCGUAGUUAUUUCCAUUGCGUAUUUCAAAUGUGAAUUAACAAAACCAUUUUGAUCAAACCUAAUUAAAAUUAAGUUAACUAAUUCGAAUUGAGUCAAACUAGUUUUAGCUGUGCAUGUAACCAUAAUAUAUAACUUCAAUUGCUAUAAGAACAGUUUAAUUACGGUCACUCCACGACUAUUUAGGUUAAAAAUAUAUUAUUUGAUUUUUCUCAGUAUACAUGUUGUACUAACCAUUGAAUUAGUUGGUUAUUAUAUAUACUUGUGUUUGUAAAAUUAUAAAUUAUACCAUUGUUUCUAAUCAAAGGUUAUACUUAUAUGUUAUAUACUUCGAUACAAAACUUAAAUAGUUGAAUUUAUUAGGUCCAAACAAAAUUAUCACAAAAGUAUUUGGCUAUCUAUUGCAUAUAAUAUUAUUUCAGUUUGUUAUCUCUGUGGCCGAAUUUAACAUUUAAAAACAGUCGCUAUUGCCAUAAAUAAACCAUGCAAGCCGUUGAAACAUUCCGGCUGGGUAGCCUUUUUUAACGUAAAAUAUAUAAACUCGUGGGUUUAUAGGUAUUUAAAAUGUUGCCUUUUAUUUUGCACGAAUACAAUUCGAAUAUACAAGAUUUAAUAAUUAUAUAUUUAUUACAAUUUAAUAUUAUAAUCAAUCAUUAAGAGAUCGGACACGAAACGCGGUUUAUAAACUUAACUAAUUACGGAAGCACGAUAUAAUAUUAAUUAUUCUUGGAGGUGGGGGAGGGGUUAAGAAGUCAAAACCUCUUCCGAAAUGUUUUCCUAACUACAUUUUUUAAAUCAAGUUUUAUAGUCAACAACAUAAUAUAUUAUAUCACAAAAUAAAAUACAAUUUAAUUUCAUCAAAAAUCAUUUAUUCCGUAAUAAUAGUGAUAGUACUGUACUUAUAUUUGCUAUUCCCUCUCCAGAAAAUUAUUAUAAACAGAAAACCUCCCGAAAAAAAUCUUGUGUACACUAAUGCUCGCGGGAAAUACAAUAUACUAUUUAAACCAGCGUAGGAAGAAUGUCGGGGUGACCUAGAUAGUGAUGAGGGGAGAAAAAGUAAUCAGUUGUUAGCGAGGCGCUUGGCCGUUGCCGGUAACGAUUGAGAGGUAUAGGCAGUUGCUAAUGGAGCAUGUGGCCGUUGCCGGUGAUGUGCUAGGAAGGAAAAAUCAGUUGCCGAUGAGGUGGUCUCAUACGGUGGUAGUGGAAAUUGCAUACGGUCGGGAUAGUCUUUAUGUCAUCUCGAUGUGUGCCGAUUCUCGAUCGCUCUUGAGUCAUUUCGCCAGUGGAAAGUCUAGUUUUAAGGGUUUAUCAAUCGAUUGUAUGAGAUUUGUUUAAAAUAUACAAAAAAAAUCUAUUUUUUAAUUUUUUUUCACAAAUAGGUUCCAAUCUUUCCGAAGCAGAUAAAACAAAAUUAUUAAUGUGCACAGGUAUGUUAUUUAAACAAUAUUAUUUUACGUAUGCCUUAGAGUAUGGUUGACGCCACCACGAUUAAGCUACAUCGUGUUGACAUUGUCUAAUUGUACACUGUAACGUGCCCACACACGUCUCCUGCAAGGGACACGUGCGAACCGUAUCCUGUGAUAGUCAUUACACGUGAAAUCCGCCUACCCGAUGCAGUAGGUCUAUAAAUAUAUAUAGCACCGAAAUAUAGUUUCGGCGCACGGACCUACACCAGCCGUAUUCUAAAUUUAAUGCAAAUAAAAAUAAUGUUAUGGGUGGGCCUAGGUUGUAACAUAAUAUAAUAUAUUACGCAUAUGUAAUUUUUAGUUUUCGCCAUCACAAAAAUCUGGCGAUAGCAAAAAAAUAUAUAUAGCAAUGACUAUGAAUUACGGGUUGAGGGGGUAACGGCAUAAGCAUAUAUAACACCACCCGAAACAUCGUCUAAUGAUUAAACUCUAAUCAGACGAGUCCACCACGAUCGAAUGCGAGCAAUUUCGCGUCAGUCUAUUUAUUGGACUUAUAUUAUUUAUUUGAGUUUUAUUUAUUAUACUAGUGUAUUUUUGUUAUUAAAAUCAGUUGGACAUAUUUUAAUUUGUGAAAAUUGUAUUAAUAUAGGAGUGGAAAUAUUAAUUAUUUGUAUACUAAAGUUGAAGUUUAAUUUAUUACAACAUUUUUCCUCUAAGUUUACAUCCUUACGUUUGGCCCAUUUUAAGACAUACACACACAUGAUACCUAUUUAGAUUUAGUAUAGUUUUAAAUGUUUUAAUCACGGUCUUAGGUUAUUAGGUCUGGCAUGUCAGCGUCGGAAGUGAUGCUCUUAAUGUCCCCUUCGAAGAGACCUAUUCAGGUGCAAAUAGUGCAAAUAAGACCGUGAUGUAAACUCCAGCCGUGGGUCCCACUCUAGUGAUACGCUCUAAUUACAAUUUAUGAUUAUAUGUUUAACACAGAUUACCAUGGUUAAUGCAUAAAAGUUUAUAAGGUUCCUACAAGUGUAAAAAUUAUUAACAGCAUAUUCCAUAUUGAAACAUCCAAAAUAUGGAAACUGUACGGUAGAAAAAGAUAAUCUUAGAGAAAAUUGUUCUAAAAUAUCUUGCAUAAAAAUUAUAUAUGCCAGUAAUUAUUUAUUAUUAUUGAACAUAGAAUUGAAUGAUUUUAUGAUUUAAGUUAUCCAAGUUUAUUGUGUUGUAAUUAAAUUAAGAUAUCCUGGUUUAUAUUUGAAAGCUAAUACAACAUAGUGCAGUCGAAAAUUUUUGAAUUAAUCUUCAAAAUUUUAACUUAAACCAUAAAAUCAUUCAAUAUCAUUCAAUACUUACGUUUUAAUAUAUCCAGUCCGUGCUGCUAACUAACAAAUUAAACAUAGAAGACAAAUAUUAUUAAUAUUUUUAACCACGGUUAUUUUAUAUUCAUAAUAAAUAAUGAUAUAAAUGGUUUAAAAAAAAUUUGUUGGCGUUUCUAUGCGUUAAUAAUAUUGGCGAUAAAUGACAUUUUCAUAUGUUGAUUUAAAGAUAAUUAAUUUUAUAAAUCUGACUACACUGUAUAAAGGCACCUGACGUAAUACCACCAAAUAAAGGUGGCUACACACGUAACGGUAGUUGACACUAUAUUACACUUAAAACGUGAGGGUUAUAGCCCCCAAGCCAACUACCUAUUUUUUUUUUUUAAUGUGAACACUUUUUCUACCAGAAAGCAUACUCUGAUUAUUAAGUAUAGAAUCUUUUUUGAAGGGAAAUUUUCUCUGGGUGUUACUUUACAGAGGUCAUUUUUUGAAAUUCUCAUUAAUAUUCGAGAUAAUUAGAUAAUUUCGGGUUUUAGGUUAAAAAAGAUUGAAAAAUUAAAAAUAAGGUUGUCAUUGGCAACCAUUUUUAUUUAUUUUUGUUAUUGUUAAGUUUUUAUUAUUUUAAUAUUUUUUAAACAAUCAUUGUUAUCAUGGAAACUCAACAUUGUUGUAAUCAUUUUACCAUAGUAUGAUAUAACCCUAUAUUUUAUUAAUGACAAAGCAACACCAUCUACUGAACUCUGUUCAGAAUCAUCUUUUCAUUAGAAAUGGUUUUUUGUUGUUUACAAAUAUACAUUAAAUUCCCGUCUGUAUACUACCUUCUCAAUUUUCCACCUACAACAGUAGCUGCACCCACGUGCAAAUUAUAUCCGUCCUCUUUUUAUUUGACAGCAUAAUCAUUGUUUAUAAUAUAUAUAUACAAAUUACAUAAUGAAAAUUGUAUAAUGUAAAUAAAUAUUAAUGUUAAUUUACAACUGUUAAUACUAUAUAUUAUGUUUUAAACGUUUUUAAAUAAUUUGUAAGAUUAUAUUUGAUUAAAAUUUUUAAUCAAUAUUGAUGAAUUGUGUGUGUCAAAUAAUGAAAAAUGAUUGUUUACAUUUUCCAGUCACCAACAAAAGGGGGGUUCACUUCGAAGUUUGUAGUGAAAAUAGCUAUAAUUUUUGUCUUGUGUGAAAACGACAGGGGGGAGGGGUGGGUUGUCAGAUUGAAUUUAGCCAUACCUGACUCAGAAGUCUGCACACGCCUAUUUUGCAAGUUCAAAUACAGAUAUUAUUUUUGUAUGUAUAUAGAAUACGUAUUUAAACACGAGUACAGACACUUUUGAAAAACAUUCAUAAAUACUUCGAGGCAUUCAUUUUUAAAUAAACUAAUUUAAUACCAAUAUCCAAAAAGUAAAAAGUUGUUUAUACAAAAUUUGUUUUAUAUAUUAUUAUAAAACACUUUAUUUGAAUAGUAAAAUAUUUUAAGAAAUGUAAAAAAAAAAAAUAAUAAACACCAUUGUAAUACCAAUAUAUUCUUAUUAUGCCCCGAAUCUAAAAAUUUACUACAUUAAGCUAACGUUGCUUUUUCUAUGGAUUUUUUAGAAUUGAAAGAGAUAAAUUUAAAAAUUGGAAAAGUCGAUCUCAAAUAAACUUCACGACAAAUUUAAAUCUUCACUAGAUCAAUCAGUACGUUGGAAUUAAAACACUUCUAAAUCCCUGUAUCUCGCAUGUUUAAGACAAAAAUAGAAACAUGUCGUUUUCAGUUCCCUCAAUUUUAAAUUUUUCCGAAUAUCGUUGUAUAUUAAAUUAAAUGUAUAAACUUUAUCGGACAAACGACGUACAUAUAAUUUAUUUUGUAUUUAAGCUACCUACUUAAUGGUUCAAUCGAUUUCUUUGAUAUUUUAUUUCUACUUCCAUUACUGUUCCAUCUUUCAUCUCUAGCGUCUAGACAGUACUUAACAUAAUAACAUACAGAUGCAAUUUCCAUAGUUCUGAUUACAGCUACGCAUACCCUCUAGAUCGUACUUUUCGUAUUAUAAAUAAUAUGCCUAAUGCUGAUAUAUUUAUUAACUCUCUAUCAUAUUUUGCAAAUAAUGUAUUAAUGUAUUUAAUUAUUUUUGGAUUUUAACUAAUUAUUUUGUUAUUGUACAUUUUCUCUUUUUAAUAAUAUCUAAACUGUAUAAUUAUUCAAAUUUGUAUACUAUACGCUGUACUCUUGUGGUGUUGAAAUUCAUAUAAAUAAAUAAAUAUUUAUAUAUUUUAUUUAGGCGAAUUCGAAGAAAGUAUGGAAAAAUAUGUAAAGAAAAUAAGUCUGCAUGCUGGUGAGUUAUUUAAAAAUUGUAAUCUUUAUCUGUAUAUAAGAAUACAAUAUUGAUUACCGAUCAAAUAUAAAAAAAUGUGAAAGUUUUAAUAAAAUAAUAACUAUAUAUGAUGGUACACAAAGAUGUAAUCGAUGGCACACAAUACAAUUUUGCGAGCAUUUUAACAAAAGUGUCUACUGUCCACCAUGCCUAUAGAUAUAGAUGGUUGUAACCGUUACAUCCCUCCUGAAAUAAUAGGUAUGCAUGUAAGUGUUAUACACUAAUAAACACAAAUGAAGAUUGGAGUAAAUUUUAAUUUAAGUUCAGUAAUAAUUCAAAUUUUAGUACUUAUAGGUAUAUGGGUGUUACUAUGAAAUUUUAUUUCACACCUUUUAGGGUGAUUCUGUAUCACUAUCACCCACUUUUUAAAAAAAAAAAAUGGUUUAUACUUUUUGAGCAUCCUUGUAACAUCAAAAAUACACCAAUUAUCUACACCCAUCAUCCUUGGGAGCUUUAGUAACUUGGUAACUUUAGUAACGUCUGUGCGCCACUGCACUUACCUCAUGUUUGUAAACUAAAAAUUAUUUUGCUAUGCGUGUCAGGCGCAUACAACAGUAAUAUAAUAUAAACAAACUAUAUUUCUUUAUGACCCAAUAUGAGCGAUUCGUUUGGCACCCAUCUAAAGGUACUUAGGUACCUUUUUACUUUAAGGUGUGUUGAUGAAAUAACUUUCAUGUAUUUCAUAAAAUUACUCCUGGAAUUAAGACGUGAGAGGUGUAUACGUAUUUUCACUGAACAUAGGAUAUCGCGGGCCAGGAGAUUCAUUAUAAGUCAUGUUUUGUAGUAAAAAAAAAUUAUAAUAAUAAAGGGAAAUUUAAAGUAUUUGUACGAGACAAUUAAUCUUUGCUAACAGAAAACGAUUUUGAGCGAAUUUCGAUUAUACAUAUUUUAAAAGGCCGUAUUAUUUACGAUUUUAAAACUAUAUAUUAUUAUGUUUUAAUUUAUUAUAAAUAUAAAUAUUUAAUUUAAAUACAUUUCAUACGUUUUUCAUACUUUCUAUGGUGUCUUAUUAUCUCCAUUCCACAAAUACUUUGAGCGUUAAGGGUCUGGUCUCUUAGACGCAUAAAAUUGUAUAUGAAGUUGAUUUGCAGAUUAAAGAUAUAAGUCCUUCUUUAGCACUUGUGAUAUAUUUGAUGUUUAUCGAUACAAUUAUUUUAGAUGUAGAUUUUUAGACCUACCAGACAUUGUUAUACUAUAUAAAUAGUUGAUUGCUUCUAGAGUGUGGAAAAAUUAGUCUGUAAAAGAACACCAUUACUAUAGAUACCAUAUAGAAGUUUCAGCCGUAUCCCUUUUUUUGUAUAACAAAUAAAGAAAACUAUAGAUAUUUAACUAUCGAAUUAAAAUUUUUUUUUUUUUUUUUUAUUGAACUAACAAUAUAUAUACACAAUCUGUAUUUACACGUAAUACAAUAAGUAAAUGUGAUGUGGAGAUGAUUGGCAUGAGGGGGAAGUCGCCCAGUGGCGGCACCCUGUGAAAAGCGAUUUAAGAAGAGAGUAGGUCCCUACACCAGUUCCUUUUCAGGUGCCUGGUUGGAUUACCUGGAAUUUGUUGGAUGAAAGUUGGGGUUGGGUGAUUAUAGGAUUAGAGUGAGUACUGAAUGUUUUGUGCGUUUUUUUGUAGGUGAUUAUGGCAAAGCUGUUUAAGGUUGGGANACAAAUAGACUGGAAUGCCUGGAUUGUUCGAGUAUUAGAGGGUUUGGCUGAUCCCCAAAGUUGUAUGCCAUAGUACCACAUGGGUCUUAGGAGAGCCAUGUAUGCCAUGUAUUGUUCUUUUGGUUUUUAAUGUGAGCUUUGAGCGGAGUAAGGGUCUAAGAAGGUGGAGUCUUGAAUUGAGAGCUUUACGCUUGAUUUUUAAGUGGGGGCCCCAUGUAAGACGUUUAUCAAGAAUUAAACCUAAAUAAUUAGUUUGCAUGGAAGAUGGAAUUUGAGCAUUGCCGAUAUAGGUUGCGGGACAUUCUAAGGAUCGAAGUGUGAAUGUAAUUUGAGAGGAUUUUGAUGGAUUGACUUGAAUUUUCCAGUCAUGAAACCAGGUGUUUAGCACAGUUAGGUGGUUUUGGAAUUUUUGGGCAGCUUGGGCGGGAUCUUUGUCACAUCGUUCUUAUCGUCACAGUAGGCGCUUGCAUGGCUCAUCACACAAAACGUUUAGAGGUAGGUCACUGGUAAAGACGUUAAAAUUAAAAAAUAUUUUAACAAUACGCAUUUGACUUUACCAAAUUAUAUUGUUGAAAUAUACAGAAUGUCUCACGAAGUUGUACCCAUUGCAAUAUCUCCUGAGAUAAAGAUAACUAAAUUCUGUGUUUUUGGUUUUUUUUUUUAUUAUUAUCUACUAUAUUAUUAAUAUCAUUAUAGUUAACAUUGACUGUACACUUUUAUUUCUGAACUUCAAAAAAAUCAUGAAUUUAAUUAAAAUAUACAGUUGAAACCUCAAUAUGUUCAGAAGGUUUUAUAAACUAUAUAAAAUGACUAUCUUAAAAUUUUCCGAAAAUUAUAAAAUAGUAAGUUAUUUAUUGAUUUUUAAAUAAAAUAUAAAUUUAUUCAAAUAUAAAUAUCUGUAGUUCUUAUCUCUGUGAAUAAUAUAAAAAAUCAGAACUUGAAUAUCUAGGGAUAUUACAGUGGGUAUAUCUUCGUGAGACACUAUUAAUGUCAGCUAAUAAAGUUAAAUAAUUUUUAGACGCAACAGAUAAUGAAUCUAAAACUACAUUUGUUAAAACAAGUAAGUAUUAAAAGUUAUAAUAAUAAUAAAUCCAUUUUUUUACAUCCAUUAGUUUUUCCAAGUUAACAAUAGUUUUAAUUUUAGAUUCGGAGCGUAGCGAAGGAUCUAUUGGCUUUCCUUGAAAGUGUUUUUUUUUCUUUCUGUAAACAAAUUUUCUACCAAAAAUCUUACUUCGAAAUAUCAAGUAUAGCACUUUUUCUAAAAGAAAAUUUUGUUUAAUAGGUCCAUUAAAGAAAUAAUUUUUUGAUUUUCUGAAGAGUUUUCAAAAUUAUUGAUAAAAACCCGAAAGAAAAUUAUAAGUAAAAUGGCACGGAGCACCGCGGAGUUAUUGAUUUCAUAAUUUUUAAUUUGUAUAAACUACAAACUACUAUGAUUUUACCAGACAUUUUGCUUAAAUCAAAAAAUGAUAAACGAUCAAUUUUUUUCCUCUUAAUACAUAGUUAUUUAAAAAGAAAAUAGUUUUUUGAUAUUUGGUAGUUUUCAAAAUAAUUGGAAAAACCCAAAAAAGACGAAAAAUACGAUUUUUUAAAUUACAGCACAACAAUUUCAUUAUUUAAAAUUUGUAUGAUAUUUUCUACCAGAAAUCAAGAAUAACAUUUCCUUAAAAAACUUUUUUCCUAGUUUAUGAGUUAAAAAGUCAUUUGAUGAUUUUCCGUGUAGUUUUGAUAACUACUCGUAUUACGAAAAACCAGGAAAAAACUUAGAAAAUAUGGCGAAGUGUACUGUAUUUCGGUUUUUUAUUGUUACUUGGUUAAAAAUAAUUAUAGGUAACUGUAGUUUUCAAAAAAAUACUUACAUUGGCCUUUUAAACGUUUUAAAAUAUUCAUGCUAGUUUUAGACGAUUCAUAGAUUAUUGAUAUUUUCAUAUUUUUAUAUGUAUUUAUGUUAGUCAGGUAUAUGUUGUAGGCAGAGGUGGAUCUAAAGAAAAUUUAAGGGGGGAGGCGAAUUGAUAUCAUAACAUAAGUAUAAUUCAAGGAAUCUUAAACCAUGAAUGACAGGGAGAAGGGGGUGUAAAUUUCCAUUAUCACAUAAUUUCAUUAUUUUAUUCGUAUAUAAUUAUUAGCAUACUAACUCAUGAUAACUGAAUGAUACUAAAUCAAUUACGUCUACAUAAUAAUUUGCUGUAAUUAUAAAUUAAAAAUGUCAUUCAAAUGAAAACAAUCAAAUAUAUAUUUAAGUAGGUAUAAUAAAAAAAUAUUACGUAUACUUAUGUAACAGUAACAUACCUAUUUGAACACUAUAAUAUAUAAUAUAAUAAAUAAAAUUUAUAAUGACAACUUUAAUAUUAUUUUUUUUUUUCAAUCGCAAAUCUAUCUAUGUUUUUUCAACAAAUACAUUUCUAUCCCUGUGUACAUUAUGUAAUGCCAAUCCAGUCGAUUUAUUUUGCCCCAUGUAUGAUCUCAUCCAUGUUUUGAAUCUAAUAAAAUUUUAAGUAAAAAAUAAAUAUACUUAUAGCAUUUAUUUAAAGCAUUAAAGUAUAUAAUUAUUAGUUAGCUAUAAUAAUAUCGAGCCUUCAUAGGGCAUAAGCGACACUUUUGGCCUGAUUGACUUUUUGAUAUCAAAAAAUUCAGAAAAAUCAGCUUUAAAAAUGAUAAAAAUGUAUGAGCGACUAGUUCAUUAGAAAUGGUUGAUUUUUGCAUUAUUAAAUAUGACACAGUCUAACUCACAGACUUAUGAGACUUCAUACACCAUUGAUCAUACUCAUUAACGCUAUCGCGUUAUAGUGUUAUCACAAUAUAGCGGUCGUCGCCAAAGAAUUAUUGUGAUGGCUAAUAACAUAAUAUUGAUAAUAUUUAAUAAUAAGAUGGUUACCAAUUUUACCAAUAUACACAAUUACCAAUUCUUUCUUUAUCGUGAUAAAUAUGUCAUUUAGAUAUGAUAGAGUAUAUUACUAAUAUGAUUUAAAAUUAUAAGAUAAUAUGAAAAAAAUCAAUUGGAUACACGGAUAUUGUAUUUAUUGAAAACUAAUUUCCUAACCUUACGUCAAAUUAAUAGCAGGCCUCCAUAUAUUUGUAAUUUGUCUGAUAUAUACUAUUAAGCUACCAAUGGAGCUUGGAAAGAAAAUUCCAAAGAGGAGCAAUCCCUACGUUGCACCCUCGUCAAAUCCACCUCUGGUUGCCACAACGUCCGAUUUCAACAUAUAAAAAAGAGCUGAUACUGGGGACGAUUGCAGCCAUUGUUAUAGGCGGGAAGAUGGAAAAGUAGGGUACUUAAGGUUAUUUUAUUUAUAUCUGUAAGCAACGAUAAACCAUUGCUGACUAAAGAUGAUUCCAAGCGCAGCUCGUUAAUACAUAAUUUGAAGUGCCGUACAUUUUUUUGCGAUUUUCGUUUAAAUUUGAUAUCAAUAUACUAAUUAAAAAAAAAUAACAAAAAUAUGGCCUCUUGUCAUUUUUCAAUAACUGAUUUGUGCUAGAAAACGAGGUAGGUACUUAUUUAAAAUAACGAAAUCGCAAAAAAAAAACGUAUUUUUACCCGGUGAGUCGUUUUUAUUCCAAAUACUGUUUCGAAAAUCAAAAAAUAAUCUAUGUAUUUACCAAGUAGAUAAAAUUUACUUUCAGAAAAGGUGUUACACUUAUACGAGGGCUAAUCAAAAAUUAUCAAGACUGGUAGUAUCAUUCGGAAAAGGAGCAUCGAAGAGCAGUAGGAUUGGUAUCACUUGCUUCUAUGACUUUUUCUGAGUACAUUUGUUUUUAUUGCUUCUCUAUAAAAUUCUUCGGUUUGAUUUCACUGAUAUUUUUGUAAAAUAAAUUUUUCGAGUUUGGCGAUUUUAUAAUAAACCCAAAAGAAGAGUAACUUGACAGAUUUGGAGAUUUUAGAAAAUUUGUCUGCAUUUUUUUCCAGUUUCAGAGGGAUGCAACAUUUCAUGGUUUUUGCCAUUAAAUGUCAAUNUCAAAUCAAAACGAAGAAGUUUAUAGAGAUUUUAUACGAAUAGAUGUGCUCAGUAUAAGUCAUAGAAGCUAGGUUUACAAAUCGUUUUGCUCUUCAACGCUCGGUUUCCGAGUAAUAUUAUCAGUCUCAAUACUUUUUGAUUAGCCCUCGUAUAUCGGAGCCAGUUUUUUAGGAUAAAAGUGGUCUACAGAUAAAAAAAAAUAAAGUACCAUUGUAAAAAAAUUAAAAAGGAAAAAAUAUCGUCCGAUGAUGACCUGGGAUUCUAUGGGUGGGAUUCUAUAGCCCUGGUGGAUCUUGGGCGCCAAAACCCACAAUGAGUAAAAUCGAGAUGUUUCUAGAUAAAGAUAUUAUAGUUAUAGGGAUAGGGUUUUAGUAUCAUUAAUGUAGUGGUAUCCCUCUUGUCUUUCCUAUUAUCUAGCCGUUGAAUGAACUAGUUGGUUUUUCCACCCUUUCAAAUCGUUUCCCAGAUUACAAGAGUUUACCCUACCUGACUCUGUUCAUCGGCUUUAUGAACCGAUGGCUUCGUAUAUUUGUCUCCUUUUACUGGUAGUUUUUCGGUAUUUCUGUUAAUCGCCUUUUACCACGAAGAGGAAAAGUCCGUCUUAUUCUAAUUUGAGACUAAACAAGAUCUGCUCCCAGUAUAAGCUCUUCUUUUCUCAUUAAUUUUUUGUGGGCAAAACAUUAAUAUUGUUAUUUUUGCAGAUCUAUGGAUUAAAUUUGAAACUUUACAAAUAUUAGCAAGAAUUAUAGGUAGGUGCAAUAGCGUCUUUAAUAUUAUAUAUUAAAUUUGUUUUAGCGAGAAAUUUUAUGUUCAAUUUAAAUUUAUUUCUAUCACAAUACUUUUUAAAUUUGAUCCCGUAUCUGAUUGUGUUAUAAUAUUCUGAGCGUGAUACAACUUACAAACAAUUAAUUUGUUUAAAUUAUUAAUAUCAUAAUACAAGUAUAUUAUAAGACAAAGAUAGGUAACCAACGACUUUUUUAAAAUACGUUAUUAGUUUAUGCAUUUUAUUUUAAUUUAAUUUAAAAAGUCAAUCAUGCAUUCACAAAAUAAAGUUCUGAAAAUAAAUAAAUACAUAUUAAAAUAAUUUCAGAAGGAGAAUAUCAGAAUCAACUGAAUUUAAUUCAGAAAAUGUUUUACGGUAAUUAUUAAUUAAUACAUCAAACUGUUGUCAACUCAUAUUAUAAAACUAAUUGUUUAUCUAUGUAUUUAUUUAUUACAAUAUUAUUAAUCAUUAUGAGCCCUUUUAUAAACACUAUUAAAUAAAUUGCAAAAAAAAAAAAAAAUAAUAAAAAUAAAUUACAGAAAUGUGUUUGAGAAAGAUACAAUUUAUUUUUAACUUAAGGACAGGUUGAAUCAUUUGCACUUAUCUAUAGAAUGAUUCAUUAUUUAUGUUUUAAUUUUGGUUGAAGAAGCUGCAGCUCAAACCUGGCAAGCAUAUUUAAUUAAUGAUCGGAUUAUUGAGGUUGAGAGUAAGAUAUACGAAUUUAUUUGGAGGGUUGAUUUAUAAUUAACUAAUGUAUAAAGUAUGUUCAAGUUUAUUGGUGAGGUUUUUGUUUAAAUUAAUUUCCAAGUCAGUUUUUCGUCAAGAACACACCGAGGUACCUGACGAAGUUAUCUUUAUUAUUCCAUUCUAUUACUUGGUUAUCUAUUAUAAUAUGUGGGGAUCGUUUAGUAAAUAUUUUGACUACACUUUUGUAUAGGUUCAAGUUCAGUUUCCAUGUUUUAACCAGGUGGUUACCGUGUUAAGAGAAUUUCGGAAAUUUUGGAUUAAGGUUCCAAAGAGUUGCUUGGGUCAUUAUUUUAAUUUAAUUUUUUUUUAUUUUUAUUAAAUAUACGGGAUAAACCCUUUUGAACAUAAUAUAUACAUACAUUAUAAAUAUAUACAUAUUAAUUGUUACAAUUUAUUACUUAAAGCCUAAUACUUACUACUUACUACUUAUUACUACUUAACUAGACAGGUAUUAUAUAAAAAGAUUCAUAAGAAACGAAGGGUCAACAUUAGAAUUCGUCACCAUACGUCCGAUGGUUUUAUUUUUAAGAUUGUUGAUGGAAGGAGCAAAGGAUAAAAAGAAGCAACAGAUCGGGACAAACGUUGAGAUUAAAUUAAUGAAAGUAAUUCAGAAGAGUUAAUAUUACUCGUAACAAUCCACCAAACAACUUAAUACCAGAGAUACGUCUACGUUCACCCAAAGAAACCAAACUAAAUUGCAAAUCAACAGAUUCAUAUUUAUGUUCACAAGGGAUAUUCAAGCUUGCGUACCUCAAGAAUUUUCGUUAAACCCUUUCUAGCUUCAAAGAGUUAUUGAUAUCACGAGGAUCCCAAAUAACGGAACCAUACUUCAGAAUAGGGCAUACAAGUGCACAAUAUAGCCCCUUAAAGGAUAAGCCUAACCAUCUCUACAUAAUCUUAAGACAAACCCCAGAGUUUUAAAAGCCUUACAACAAAUCUGUUCGAUGUGGGGACUUGGAUCAAAAAUACUACUUAGAAUAAACCAUAGAUCUAUAACACUGUCAUUAGAGCAUGAAAGAAUAGUAGGUUCGAGAUGGUACCAGUAUAUAAAAGGGGACUGAAUCCUGGCAAAAUUCAUGGUUUUGCACUUAGAAAUAUAGAGGGAAAACCCUAAUAAAUUGAACCACUCAGUGAAUCGAUCAAAAUCAUUCUGUAACAAGAUUCAAUCAUCCAAAGAAGAAAUACGAGAAUAUAGUUUUAUAUCGAUGGCAAAACAUAAAAUAUGGCUGUGGGAAAGAACAUUUAAGAUACUAUUGAUAAACAAGAAGAACAGGAGCGGAGGUGUCCUUCUUGAGGAACGCUGGACAUUACAAGAUAAAUAUUCGAUUUUACUCCAAGCAAAUUGAACCAUUAGUAACAGUUUAAGAGGUAAGAUGAAAACUAGUAAAGGAGUGGUUCACUAAUACCAGAAAUAUUGAGAAUCUUAACAAGGGCAUUGUGAGCAACUGAAUCAAAUGCCUCAUUGAAAUUAGUAUAAAUGACGUCAACCUGUGACUUCAAAUUAAAAUAUUGGUAUACAAAAUUGUUAAAGACUAAAUUGCAGGUAAUGGUGGAACAACCAAGAUGAAAGCUAUGCUGUUCCUCCAUAAGAAUUCUGUUGAUCGAUGGUUGAAUAUAAUGCAAGACCAGUGAUUCAAAUAUUUUCGAAAUAUGUAAUUGUCUGGCAAUCGAACGAUAGUUGGAUACGUUAGAAAAAUCACCAGGCUUGUGUACAGGUAUAACGGAGCUUAACUUUAACAUUGAAGGAAAAAUUCCUUCAGCAAAUGAGCACUUAAAAAUAGUCCAGAGGGGGUAAGCUAUUAUAGUUUUAUCGUCCGCGAUCAUCGCCAGUUGCGGGUUUAGUGGAAUAGGUAUAUCGUGACAGUAGAUGUUGAAAAGGAUUAGGCCUAGAGAACCUCGGCUUGUAUUGUAUAAGGUUGGAAGAAGUUUCUAACUAUUUUGACUUAAAAAGUUCGAUUUGAUAUAAAGGAGAUGAUGGUUUUGGUAAGUAUUUGGGGGGGGACUUAGUAAAUUCAAUUUCAGUUCUAUUUCGUGAUGUUAUACAUUGUUAUGACUUAAAUUAUGUCCAGGAAAACGGCUGAUGUAUACUGUUUCUUUUCAAAACCAUUUACAGUUAAUUCUGAAAUUUCUUGGAUUUGAUGAAAAGUGAAGUGAUGCUUUUUCCAAAUUGGUGUUUUAGAAUAAUAUGUGGUUUCCACAUGGAUUUAAACUAUUGAGAAGUAUCUUGUUUUAACAGAGAUGGAAGUAGACCGAUGAGUCUAUAACUUGUGAGAGAGGGGGCCGGUGUUCCCAGCUUAUGUAUGGGGAUUAUGAUACCAUAUUUCCAAGAUGAUAGGAAAAUGCCAAUAAGCAUGACCAAGUUAAAUAGGCUAGCUAGAAAGGACAGCGCUUUAAGUGUAAGGAUUUUUAAGAUUUUAUUAGUAAUAAGAUCAUGGCUAGGACUUUUUUUAUUUACUAGAUUAAUUACUAUUUUUUGUAUUUCCUUAGGAGAUGUAGGGUAAUUCUAUCAUUUAGUUCGUAGAUAUUAUCAUCAGAUGUUUUAUCAGCAUGUUCAAUGUGUUGUUCGUUGUACUCAUUGUCUUCUUCUAUGAAGGUGAAACAGGAAGUAACAUAGUUAGCGAAAGCUUCGACUUUUUGGAAUUUAUUUCCCGUUUUUCAUAGGGGAGAUUAUGCCAUGCUGUUCUAAUAGUCUUUUAGUUACUUAAGUCAUUAGGGUUUUUUUAGAUAUUUACGAUAUGAACAUAUCUGAGGUUGUCUAAUUCCAUUUCACUCUUCUAAUGAGUUGGGAUUUAAUCUUCUUUUAACAACUAGGUUUCUGGUAUUCUGCCAGAUUUUUCUCACUUCGUAUUUUUGCCUAAUUAAGUUUUGAAAUAAGAUAGAAAUGGUUUCUGAGGGAAACUAAUGAUUUCGCUAUUUUUGAUAAACGCUUGGUUGAUUGAAUUUUGUAUUGUAUUCGGCGUAUAGCGUUUAUGACUUCUCGAUUUUGGUAUUGUUUUUUGCAAUUUAAGUUUUCAUUUAAUUUGUCUCUAAAUAUUUUCCAGUUUAUUGGAGUGUUUAUUAGUUUUUAGAUGCGCUGAUUUAUAAUUAUUAGAUCAUUUAGAGAGAUGAUGACUGGUAUAUAAUCAGAGUCGAGUCUAUUAAGGACUUGAGGUGAAGAUUAGUAGGCUGAUUUGAUAAUAAUGCAAUAUCCAGUAUGUUUGGUAUUCUACCAGGUUUGUAGAUAAUUGAUUCAGAUAUUGGAAAUAUUAAUAUCUUAAGUUUGGAUGAUAUUUGUACCAGUUUAGUUCUACUUGGGUUCGUUUUCCGGCAUCCCCAUAGUUGGUUUUUUUGAGUUAAAGUCUCCUAAAAGUAUUUUUGAGUGAUUUACGAAUAGUUCUGAUAUAUCUUCUCUUUUGAUUUCUUUGUUUAGUGGAUUUUAACCGAGAUAAUUUUUAUUUCAUGUCUAUCAUGUUUUGAUUGUUACUGAGAUGGCUUCGAGGUUGAUCAAAUUAAGAAUAAACGAUUUAAUGUUUUUUAAAAUUAAAAUGGCUACCCCUCCUAAUGAGUGUAUGACGUAUUUAUCUUUUUUAUAAUUAUUGAAACCAUUGACAUUAAAAGUUUCAUGGUUUAUUAGGUGGGUAUUAUUAAACAGGCUAUGUCGAUCUUGUGGCUUGAUAUAAAUUCCAUUAGUGACGAUUGUAUAAAUUGUACGCCUUUGGCAUUCCAAUUUACUAGUUUAAUAUCAUUUAAAUUAGUUUCUGUCAUUUUUAUUGUGAUUAAACAGAUUAUUACUUAUUAAAUUUAAAAUGGAGCUCUUAAUGGAUUGAAUAUUUUGGAGAAUGUUUCUGAUAAAUUCUAUGAUUUUUUGUUGUAGAUUUUCGUUUAAUACUCCGUUAAAUGUUACCAACUAGAACUUAUAUAAUAUUAAUUUUGUGUAGGCAUUUAGAUUAGUAUUAUCUAUAAAUAUUAAAAAGUUGCUAUCAUAAUAAUAGAAGAAAAAAAUAAUAUAAUAGGCAAUAAUGAAAUAUGUUUAGAUUUUUGGGUAUAGAUAAGCACAUAUUUGAUGCGAUAAUGCCUGGCAUGUUGACUAUAGAUAAACUUUGAAAAAAAUAUCUAUACUUACCUUCGUAUCAUAUUUUAGUUGAUUAUAAUCAAAACAUGUUUGACCAAUUAGAUUUAUUUUUAAUAUCAUUAAUUUCAUAAUUAUUAUUACUUUAUAUACUUACCUACGAGUUCAGACUACACGAGUAAGUACAUUUUCCUAUAAAUAUUAUGUAUAAUAUAUAAUAAUUAAAUAAUUAAUAGCAAUGUUCUUAAUAUAAUAAUAUAAUAUAUUACUUCCAGUUAACGAAUUACUGUUUUCAGAUUCUUAGUGUAUCGAUGAUUAUAUGUGUAUUGGGUUUACUAUGAUAUGUACUUAUUUAUUAUUAUGAAGCUUAACUAAAUUUUUGUUAUGAUUCAGUUAAACAUUUUCGUAGAGAUUUCAAAUUAUGACAAAAAACUUAUCUAUGCCUAAUUUAUACGUGGUAAAUGUUUAAAACAUUUUGGCGAUUUUUAAGUAAUUUAUAGGUAUUUUAUUACAUUUUGUAAUUUUGUUUACAUGGUUUCUCUGGUUGGCUAUGAGGAUAUAAUUGUACUAAAAACAAAAAUGCAUACAACUUUAACAGAAUGCUCAUUAUAUUCGUGAGUUGCAUUUAGCGGUCAAAGAAAAAGAGUAGAGUAUAAUGUACUUAUUGUAUUUUUUCAAAAAUUACUCAUUUUUUUUCUGAGCGAAGAGAGGAAUAUGUUAGUUUUACAAUGAUGUUUAUUUUUUUUUACCUGCAAAUAACUUUUCUACCAGAAAUCUUGUUCCGGUCUAGGUAAGCUAAACAUAUGGUAGUUAAGAGGAAAUCAAUUAGAUGAUCAUUAGAUGAAUCAAAGUGAAGUUUAGGUUAUAGCAAUUAACUUAUAGCAAAUUAUUAUUUUGAAAAAGUAAAAUGUCUUAAAUCUAUUGGAGUUGACAUAAACAGCAAGAAUAAUUACUAUGAGUAAAUACUUAUAAUAUAUAAGAAUAAAAGCUAGAAACAAAUACAAUUUUGUGUUAUAAAAAACAUUCAAGUCCAAGUUAUUUUCAAAGGAAUAGAAAAUGCAAUCAUACAAAGUCUUGGUAAGGUUUUGGUAAUUUUAUACACAUGUGAAACAUGAUUAACGUCAAAAGAAGACGAAAGAAAGCUGGCAAUUCUAAAAAAAAUUCCACAAAUUUAUUUCCAGACCGUAAAAAAAUGAUCAGACAGAUGUAUUCAUCUGUCUAAUAAGAAUCAGAAAUAAGAUCAAAUUAUAAAGUUAAAGAACUCUUGGUAGAAGAAUACAUCCUACAAACACUUAAAGGAAGAAAGAGGAUAAGUAUGGAGAUCAAGUGAUAUAAUGAAUGAUUCACUUAACUAGAAAUCAAAAUGGAACAGGCUACAGGACAGAGAGAAGAAUAGGUGGAUAAAUGAACCCAACCAGAACCUCUAGAUACAUGAAGUUAAUAAAUUGGAGAAAUUGGCAAAUGGUAUAAAGUACUAGAUGAGGCUGUAUGGAGCAGUGGGCCUAAAUGGCCCAUAAAAGCUGAAGAAGAAUAUGACAAAAAAUAAUGGUUUAUCCUUGCUUACAGAUAUAAAUUAAAUAACUUUAUGUAUCUUACCUUCCUAAAUGUCCACCCACUACAAUAGUUGCACACGUCCUCAAUAACAGAUUUUAUUUUUUUUUCUGUUAUUUAGAGAUAGAAUUUUCUAGUACCGAGAAAACCGCCAAAAUCGAGGAAUGUAAAGGUAAGUAUGAUUUUGUUGGCUAGUUUCGAAUUUUAUAAUUAUAAUAUCCAGUGGCGCAGAGCUUAGUAAAUGAUAAAGAGCUUGUGCGUCAACUACAGUAUUAUUACACAAGACAGUCAACUUCUAUUUAACCUUUUUAAUUUUACGGAAAAUGGUCCAAUCUAUAUGUAGCCUAACUAAUGGACUGAUUUUUUUUAAAUUUAUACGGGUUAAUCAGUAUAUUAAGCAAAUGAUACUUUUGUAAAUUUAAUAUAGAUAAUAUUGGUGAUAGAAAGUGAUUAUGUUGGUAGAAUGACGGAUAACAAAAUAUUUCGUGCAUUCAAAAAGGAACGUGUAACACACGAAACGAAAUAAACUCCCCUUUAUCGACAAAAACAAAAAUAUGAGAUUAUCUAAAUAAUUGUUAAUGAAAUAAUAUAAUGAUCAAUAUGAAUACAAAUACUUGCUGAUUACUACUAUAAUUUAAAAGAGAUAGAAGUUCAUAAAUAUAUAUGGUUCUAUUUUUAUUAUUGUAAGCUUUUUGCCAAUUAAUUAUUCAUCCCUAGUAAAAGUCUAAAUUGAUUUUUGUAUUUCACUGUUAUAACUGUAGUUUUGUGGCGGAAAAAAAUAUUUUAUACUCAACUCAAUCAUCUUUCUUCUUGUUUUGCUGCCAAAGCUUAAAUUUUUUUUUACUAGCUCUCAGAACUCUCUCCACCACCAAGUUUCCUUGUUUUUUAACAUACUACUCUUACUCUACUUCUUCGAUCUCUUUUGCCAAACUUUUAAUACACGUGACCUUCCUUUCCCUCACCUCAAUUAUAUUUCCCUCAAUACUCCAUAUAACCCAUGGUUAUAGCGUGAAUGGGUACCUCUUGCUACCCCCACCCCCUAGAUCUAUGUAUACCCACUGAAAUUGAAAAAAAAACUGAAAUGGUCUUAAUUUAAUAAAAGCUCCUCUGACUAGGAAUGUUAAAAUAGCUUAGGGAAGUUUCAGCACAUAAAUUGCAUAUGAUACUUAUACAUUGUAAAAUAAAUGAUUUUUAUGAUUUAAGCCAAAACAACUAUGGAAAAACCUGUAUUUCAACUCACAAUAUUUCGUAAGUCUAUAAUAUAUUAUAUGAAUAUUAUUUUCAUUAUUAUCAAAAAUAAAACUGUUGUUCAAAAUACCGAUUUUCCACCAUAAUGUAUUUUUCUCAUACCUAUUACCUAUUACCUAUGUAAUUAUAAAUUAAAAUAAUCAGUCUGAUAAAAUAAUUACUGCACAUAUCAGGUAUACCUACUUUAUAAAAUAUAUUAAUAUGUGCAUGUCUAAAUAUAUACACGAGAGUCUAUACUAAUUAACAAAUAAAUAAAUUCAUAUAUCAAGUAACACUAACAAAAAUUAAAAAUAAAUGUUGUAUGAUAAAUUUUUUGGUACCUUAAAUACCUUUUAGACAUUUUUUUACCUAAUUUGAAUAAUUUUCACCUUUUUUUUUUUUCUGUGGUUUUCUAUUUCAGUUAUUAUUGUACUUCAUUGCCAAUUUCAACGUGUGCUACUUUUAAUCUAGUUAGUACACCUUUUAUUUUGAAAACACAUUUCAAAAUAUAUCUUACCGAAAUUCGCUCCGAAUCGUUUUUCGUUAGCAAUGAUUUAUCGUUACGCACAAACAAAAAUAAAGUAACUUUAUGUAUCCUACAUUUCCAACUUUUUUUCAAUUAUUUUACUCUAAAUAAAUAAUGCUUCGUCGAAAUAUCCAUUCCCCGAAUUACCUUUCACCAAAAUUACCGCUUUUUAGUGCCCUAAUUAUAACUUUUUUAAUUUCAAAAUAUAUUAUAAAUACAGAUAUUCAUAUUAACAUAAAAAUAUUUUUAAUAUGAUGUAUAGAGUACAGUGGUAAGAAAGUGUUUUAAUUAUUCUAAAAUAUUUACCGAUUAUUUAGUAAUAUUUAAAAUUAUUUUUUUAAAUUUUUUUUCAGGUUUACCAGAUGCUAAAGAUUCGUUUGUGAGUUAUUCAUUUCGAAGAAAAUUAUACAUAA